GUUUCCCAGCCUCGGGUGGAGGUCGUCAGGGAAGCAUCUGCACUGAGGGGUCCGCUUUCACCUUUGGAUUUUUCUGGAGAAACGAUUUGAGGAUAAGAGUCGAUACUGAACAUCAUCUGGGCUCGUCCCGUCACAGCGAGGCAUACCCGAUAGGGUGCCAACAAACAUGUCAACACAGGCGCCGACGUUCCUGCAGCCGCUGCAGAGCGUCGUGGCACUAGAGGGUAGUGCCGCGACGUUCCAGGCUCAAGUCAACGGUUCUCCUGUUCCUGAGGUGAGCUGGUUUCGGGAUGGCCAGGUUCUCUCCUCCGCCGUUCUGCCCGGCAUUCAGAUCUCGUUCAGCGAUGGCCGUGCUGUUCUGAGGAUCCCUGCUGUGACCGCCGCACACAGUGGGAGGUUCUCCGUCAGAGCGACCAACGGAGCCGGACAGGCCACCAGCACCGCAGAACUGCUCGUCACAGCGGAGACAGCCCCUCCCAGCUUCCUGCUCCGCCUCCAGAGCUCCACGGUGCUCCAGGGCAGCCAGGUGAGGCUGGACGUCAGAGUCUCAGGUAUCCCCCUCCCCCAGGUGAGGUUCUUCAGGGAGGGGGCGGAGAUCCAGAGCUCGCCAGACUUCAGGAUCCUGACGGAGGGCGAGACGCACAGCCUGCUGAUCGCUGAGGCCUUCCCCGAGGAUUCUGGGAACUAUUCUGCCACCGCCACCAACAGCAGCGGAAGAGCAACCUCCACCUGCGAGCUGCUGGUGCAAGGUGAAGAAGCCGUUCCAGCUAAGAAAACAAAGACCGUGAUGUCGUCCCGUCAGACCCGAGUGGAGAAGAGGGUGGAGGCCAGCUUCCAGUCGUCCAUGAUGGCGAUGCAUGUGGAGGGGGGGGAGCUGACUCUGGCUCAUAAGACCCCCCCCAGAGUUGCUCCCAAACCACCCUCAAAAUCCCCAACACAGUCCUCUCUGGCCGUCAGGGUGGGGGGGGGGCGGCAACAAUCCCCGUCCCCCGUCAGACACGUGAAGGCGCCAACACCAACACCAUCCAGGCCGUCCAUGUCUCCCAUCAGCAGUCGCUCCCUGGCGGACGCCGGCGGAGACGUUCUGCCGCCCUGGAAGAGAGGCGAGGCCGGGUUCAGCGCCAUGAGCGCCAGCAUGAGCAGUAUGACCGCCAUGAGCAGCAGUAUGACCGCCAAGAGCGCCAGCAUGAGCAGUAUGACCGCCAAGAGCAGCAGUAUGACCGCCAAGAGCAGCAGUAUGACCGCCAAGAGCGCCAGCAUGAGCAGUAUGACCGCCAUGAGCAGCAGUACGACCAGUAUGAAGAGCGCCAGCAGCUCCAUGCAGAUCAGCGGGGGCCAAUCCAUGCAGGUCAGCGGGGGCCAAUCCAUGCAGGUCAGCGGGGGCCAAUCCAUGCAGGUCAGCGAGGGCCAAUCCAUGCAGAUCAGCGGGGGCCAAUCCAUGCAGAUCAGCGGGGGCCAAUCCAUGCAGGUCAGCGGGGGCCAAUCCAUGCAGGUCAGCGAGGGCCAAUCCAUGCAGGUCAGCGGGGGCCAAGAGGUGACGGAGGCAGCAGCCGUGCCGUCAGCCGGCGGCGCCGUGGUUCCACCGACCCUGGUGUCGGGUCUGAAGAACACCAACGUGACGGAGGGUGAGUCGGUGACGCUGGAGUGUCAGAUCAGCGGACACCCCGCCCCCAGCAUCAUGUGGUUCAGAGAGGACUACAAGAUCGAGAGCAGCAUCGACUUCCACAUCUCCUACGAGAGCACCGUCGCUCAGCUGGUGAUCAGAGAGGCCUUCGCCGAGGACAGCGGGCGCUUCACCUGCACCGCCACGAGCGAGGCGGGCACCGUCAGCACCUCCUGCUACCUGCUGGUCCAGGUGUCCGAGGACAUCGAGAGCAGAGAGGAGGUGGCUGCAGAGACUGCAGAGGAACCAGAAAGAGAAGAGGCUCCAGAGGAGACUCAGGUGAGCCAAGCCGACGUCCCGGACGCCGCCCCUGUCUUCCUCCGGAAACCCAGCAUUCAGAAGCUGGAGGAGGGGGGCAGCGUGGUGUUCGACUGCAAGGUGGGGGGGAGCCCCAAACCUCACGUCAUCUGGAAGAAGGGCAGCGUCCUGCUCACUACCGGAUACAGAUAUAAAGUGACCUAUAAGAAGGAGACCGGCGAAUGUAAGCUGGAGAUCUCCAUGACCUUUGCCGAUGACGCCGGAGAAUACUCGGUGUUCGCCAAGAACCAGUUGGGAGAAGUUUGUGCCUCUGCAGACCUGCUGGAGGAAGAGGAAUACGAAGCCCUGAUGAAGAAACAGGAAGCCACCUUUAAGACUGAAGUGACAGCCAUGGUGCAGGAGCCCACCGCCGGGGCGACCCCCAUGGAGCAGACCUCAACCAUUAUAACCGGACAGGACUUCCAUCUGUCUGCCAUCGAGCAGAGGAUCAUCCACGAGUACGAGCUCGUCAUCAUGAAGUUUACCUACAGAGAGAUCGUGACGGAGGACGGAGAGUUGAUCGUGACCUCUGACCCCAACGAGGCCGUGCAGCCCAUCUUCGACACCCCCGUCAAAAACUACAGGAUCAUGGAGGGCAUGGGGGUCACCUUCCACUGCAAGAGCAGCGGGAUGCCCCUCCCCAAGAUUGCGUGGUUCAAAGACGGCCAGCGCAUCAGAUCAGGUGACCGAUACCAGAUGGAGGUUCUCCAGGACGGACGAGCCAGCCUGCGCCUCCCUGUGGUGCAGCCGGAGGACGAGGGCGUCUACACCGCCUUCGCCAGCAACAUCAAGGGGAACUCCGUCAGCUCCGGGAAACUCUACGUCGAGUCCGGAGCUGGAGCUCCUCAAAGAUACACACCACAACCUGCCAUGCAAAGAAUCAGAUCCUCAUCUCCUCGCUCUAUGAGCCAGUCUCCUGGACGUUCCUCCAGCCGUUCGCCUGGACGCUCUCCGGCCCGCCGGCUGGACGAGACGGACGAGGCUCAGCUGGAGAGACUCUACAAACCCGUGUUCGUCAUGAAGCCCGCCUCAUGUAAAUGCUCUGAGGGCCAGACGGCACGCUUCGACCUGAAGGUGGUCGGCAGACCGAUGCCCGAAACAUACUGGUUCCACAACGGACAACAAGUGGUUAGCGACUACACCCACAAGAUCGUGGUUAAAGAGGACGGGACCCAGUCCCUGAUCAUCGUCCCUGCCACGCCUCACGACUCUGGAGAGUGGACCGUGGUGGCACAGAACCGGGCCGGACGCUCCAACAUCUCCGUCACGCUUACCGUGGACGCCAAAGAGACGCUGUUGCGACCCCAGUUCACAGAGAAGCUGAAGAACCUGAGUGUGAAGCAGGGCACUCUGGUGGAGCUGGCUGUCAGAGCCAUCGGAAACCCGCUGCCCGACAUCGUCUGGCUGAAGAACAGCGACAUCAUCUCCCCACACAAGCACCCCAACAUCAGGGUGGAGGGAACCAAAGGAGAGGCCAAGUUUCAGAUCCCGUCGGCCGCCGGUGCAGACAGCGCCUGGUACACAGCCACAGCCAUCAACAAGGCCGGCAGAGACACCACCCGCUGCAGGGUCAACGUGGAGGUGGACCAAGUGGAGCCCGAACCAGAGAGGAAGCUUGUUAUUCCCAAAGGAACCUACAAAGCUAAGGACAUCGCAGCGCCUGAGCUGGAGCCCCUGCACCAGCGUUACGGCCAGGACCAGUGGGAGGAGGGCGACCUGUACGACAAGGAGAAGCAGCAGAAGCCUCAGUUCAAGAAGAAGCUGACCUCCAUCAGGAUGAAGCGCUUUGGCCCGGCUCACUUUGAGUGCCGGCUGACGCCCAUCGGAGACCCCACCAUGGUGGUGGAGUGGCUGCAUGACGGGAAACCCCUGGAGGCGGCCAACAGGCUGCGCAUGGUCAACGAGUUCGGAUACUGCAGUCUGGACUACGAAGCGGCGUACGCCAGAGACAGCGGCGUCGUCACCUGCAGAGCCACAAACAAGUACGGGGCGGACCAGACGUCCGCCACGCUGGUUGUGAAGGACGAGAAAGGCCUGGUGGAGGAGACUCAGCUCCCUGAAGGCAGGAAGGGGGCUCAUCGGAUGGACGAGAUGGAGCGCAUGGCUCACGAGGGCGGACCUACAGGUGUCACCACUGAUGACGAGUUUGAGAAGAUCAAACCUGAGAUCGUGCUUCUUCCUGAACCCGCCAGCCUAAAGGAGGGCGACACGGCUCGCUUCCGCUGCAGAGUCACCGGCUACCCGACCCCCAAGGUCAACUGGUACCUCAACGGGCAACUCAUCCGCAAAAGCAAAAGAUACAGACUCCGGUACGACGGUAUUUACUUCCUGGAGAUCACAGAAAUCAAGUCCUAUGACUCAGGAGAGGUGAAGGUGAUGGCAGAGAACAACCUGGGCGUGGUCGGACACACGGUGAAGCUGGAGAUCGUGGAGAAAGAGGACAACAGGACUCAACUGCGUCGCACCGAGGGGAAACCCGCCGCUGCCCCUGUCGAACUUGGAAAAACUACAUUCGAGGUUGUUAAGGCUGAGAAACCCUCAGAGGACUCCGCGCUGAAGGAGGUGGUGAAGCUGAAGAAGGCCCAGAGGAACGUGCACGCUAAAUCCACGGAGGAGUCCGAUGAGCUGCGCGGGAAGUUCAAGCGCCGUACGGAGGAAGGCUACUACGAGUCCAUCACCGCCGUGGAGCUCAAGUCCCGCAAGAAGGACGAGUCCUACGAGGAUCUGCUGAAGAAGACAAAGGAGGAUCUGUUGCAUCGCGCCAAGGCACAGGAGGAGGCGAAGAAGAAAGCGGAGGAGGAGCGCAAAGUGACCGCAAAGCCUCUGCAACCAGAGCGUGUGAAGCUGUCCGCCAGCAUGGAGGCCCCCAAGAUCCUGGAGCGCAUCACCAGCCAGACAGUUGCUCUGGGAGACGAAGUGAAGUUCAGGGUCCGGGUGGUGGGCAGACCAGAGCCUGAGUGCCAGUGGUUCAAGAACGGCGUUCAGCUGGAGAAGACGGAGCGGGUGAACUGGUACUGGCCCGAGGACCAGGUCUGUGAGCUGGUGAUCAGAGACGUCCGGCCCGAGGAUUCAGCCAGCAUCAUGGUGAAGGCCAGCAGCCGCGCCGGAGAGACGUCCAGCCACGCCUUCCUGCUGGUGCAAGCCAAGCAGGUGAUCAAGUUCACCCAGCCGCUGGAGGAGGUCCAGGCCAAAGAGAAGGACACCAUGGCCACCUUCGAGUGUGAGACCAACGAGCCCUUCGUCAAGGUCAAAUGGCUGAAGAACAACCAGCAGAUCUUCACCGGAGACAAGUACAGGAUGCACGCCGACAGAAAAGUCCACUUCCUGUCUGUGCUGGUGAUCAGCAUGAAGGACGAUGCCGAGUUCUCCUGCAUGGUGAUUGACGAAGAAGACGUGAAGACCACCGCAAAGCUCACCGUAGAAGGCGCUCCACUGGAGAUGCUGAAGCAGCUGGAGAGCACCGAGGUCCCAGAGACAUACUCGGCAGAGUUUGAGUGUGUGGUUUCCCGUGAGGACGCUGACGGCAGCUGGUUCUUCGGAGAGAAGGAGAUCUCCGCCAGCAGCAAAUACGUCAUUUCCUCCCGCAGAGGCAGACACAGCCUCUCCGUUAAAGACGUGAGGAAGGAGGACCAAGGCAAAUACUCCUUCAAAACCGGAGAGUUCAAGACCAGCGCCUCCCUGAAGAUGAAACUUCGCCCGAUCACCCUGAUGCAGCCGCUCAGCGACCUGACGGUGUGUGAAGGCGACAUCGCUCAGCUGGAGGUCCGUUUCUCCCAGGAGAACGUGGAGGGCAGCUGGAUGAAGGACGGGAAGCCGGUCACGGUGUCCGACCGCGUCCACGUGGUCGUUGACAAACAGAUCCACAAGCUGCUGAUCGAAGACACCAGCAAGGUUGAUCAUGGGAUGUAUUCCUUCGUGGUCCCUGAUCACGCCAUCUCCACCAGCGCCAAGGUCGUCAUCCAGACGAUCGGCGUGCUGAUCCCUCUGAAGGACACGAGUGCAGUUGAAGGCACGAAGGCAGUGCUGGAGACGAAGAUCUCAGCGCAGGACGUUCUCUCUGUGAAGUGGUUCCUGAACGGGAAGCUGCUGACGGCCAGCGAUCGGGUGCAGAUGGUGACGAAGGGAUCCAAGCAGAGGCUCGUCUUCAACCGGACCUUCGCCUCGGACCAGGGCCAGUACAAGCUGCUGGUGGGCCGGGCCGAGACCAGCUGCCAGUUCACCGUCCAGACCGUGCAGAUCCUGAAGCCGAUCAAAGACCAGGAGUGCUCCGAGUCGGAGAACGUGGUGUUCGACGCAGAAGUUUCUCACGCCGGCAUCGACGCCUUCUGGACCUUCAAGAGGCAGCCUCUGAAGGCCGGGCCGAAACACAAGAUGGAGUCCAAGAACAAGCGUCACACGCUGACUGUCAUGAACUCCAUGAAGGACGAGGAGGGCGAGUACAUGUUCGCCGCCGGGGAGAAGAUGUCCAGCGCCAGGCUCACCGUCUCUGGGGGAGCCAUCAAGAAGCCCCUGAGGGACCUGGUGGUGGCCGACUCGCAGACGGCGGUGCUGGAGUGCGAGGUGGCGAACCCCACGGCGGAGGGGAAGUGGCUGAAGGACGGGAACAACGUGGACUUCAAUGAGAACACGAGCAGCGAGGCGAAGGGCGCCGUCAGACGCCUCGUCAUCGCCAUCACCAAGGCAACCGACGUGGGCGAGUACACCUAUCAGGUGGCCACGUCCAAAACCACCGCCACCCUGCGGGUCGAGGCGGUGAAGAUCAAGAAGACGCUGAAGAACCUGAACGUGGUGCAGACGCAGGACGCCUCGUUCAGCCUGGAGCUGACCCAUGAGGACGUGAGGGGCGCAGCGUGGAUCAAGAACGGCGUGGAGAUCCUGCCCAGCGACAAGUACGAGAUCAGCAUCGAGGGCGCGGUGCACACGCUGACGAUCAGGAACUGCAGCACCAACGACGAGUCCGUGUACUCCUUCAAACUCGGGAAGCUGUCGGCUAACGCCCGGCUCAACGUGGAGGGCAUUAAGAUCCUGAAGAAGCCGAAGGACGUGACCUCCCUGCUGGGCGCGACUGCCGUUUUCGAGCUCGGUCUCUCCGAGGACGACAUCCCCGUGAAGUGGAUGUUCAACGGCGUGGAGCUGCAGACCAGCGACAGCUACAGGAUGCUGUCGGAGAAGAAGACGCACAAGCUGAUGGUGCAGGACGUAGACAACAGCAAGCAGGGGGAGUACAGCGCCGUGGUGGGGCACCUGCACUGCAGCGCACGCCUCAUGGUCGAGUCCCUGCGUGUCACCAAGCCUCUGAAGAGUGUCUCCGUGCCGGAGACGCAGACGGCGUCCUUCGAGUGUGAGGUCUCUCACUUCAACGUGCCGUCCACCUGGCUGAAGGACGGCGUGGACAUCGAGAUGAGCGAGAAGUUCAGGAUCGUGGUCCAGGGGAAACUCCACCAGCUGAAGAUCACCAACACGAGCCGAGAAGACGCCGCAGAGUACACGUUCGUGUGUGGGAACGACAGAGUGUCCGCCAAGCUCACCGUUAGCCCCAUCCUGAUCUCCACGAUGCUGCAGGACCUGAACGCUCAGGAGAAAGACACGGUGACCUUCGAGGUGACGGUGAACAACGAGAAUGUGACGUACAAGUGGCUGAAGAACGGCGUGGAGAUCCGCUCCACGGACCGCUGCCAGGCGCGCUGCAAGCAGCUGACGCACACGCUGAGCAUCAGGAACGUUCACGGAGGAGACAGCGCCGCCUACAGCUUCAGCGCCGGGUCGGCCAUCACUACCGCCAAGCUCCACGUGGAGGCGCGCGUGGUCGAGUUCACGAAGCACCUGAAGGACAUGAAGAUCACGGAGAAGAAGAGAGCCACCUUUGAGUGUGAGGUCUCCGAGCCCAACGUGCAGGUGAUGUGGAUGAAGGACGGCCAGGAGCUGGAGAUGUGCGACAGAUAUAAGAUUACCUCAGAUAAGUUCGCCCACCAGCUGCUGCUGCAGUCGGUACGCCUCUCUGACGCCGGAGAGUACACCGCGGUGGCCGGGUCCAGCAUGUCCAAGGCCUCGCUGGGGGUCCUGGGACGGGACAUCAAGAUCUCCGAACCCGCCAGCAGGGACAUCACCGUUGUGGAGAAGCAGCGCGCCACCUUUGAGCUGGAGGUGAACGAGGAUGAGGUGGAGGGCCGCUGGCUGAGGAACGGAGUGGAGAUCCAGUUCUCUGUGGAGCAGCGCUUCAACUACGUCUGCAUCCGGAGGAUUCACCGCCUCACCGUGACCGAGACCUUCAGGAGCGACGCCGGAGAAUACACCUUCAUCGCCGGGAAGAACCGGACCACCAUGAACCUCCAUGUCAGGCUGCCGGAGCCUCCUCAGAUCGAGCGGCAGAUGCAGCCUCAGACCGUUUCCUCCGGGCGCUCGGUACGCUUCACGGUGCAGGUGAGCGGCCUGCCGAUGCCCACGGUCUCCUGGUACAAAGACUCCCAGAUGCUGAUCACAGACUCAAAGUGCAAGAUUCUCCAUGACGAGAACGAGCACACGCUGAUGCUGCUGGACGUCUUCCCCGAGGACGCCGCCGUCUACAGCUGUGCCGCCAGGAACGACUUUGGAGAGGCCAUGAGCUCCGCCACCCUCACGGUCGAAGUUCACGAGACUGAAUCCCGGGUUUCUGCCCCGGUGCUCAAAGCCCCCAUGAGGGACCUCCUGGUCGCAGAGGGGUUCCAGGCCCAGUUCCAGUGCACUGUCUCUGGGCAAGAUCUGCAGGUUUCCUGGUUCUGUGGCGACAGAGAGGUCAGGGACUCAGACAUCUUCAGGAUGUCUCGUUCUGGUGAAACCUACCAGUUGGACAUUUCUAAAACCCUCUCCAAGCACGAGGGAGAGUACUCAUGUAUGGCCUCAAACGCAGCAGGAAGGGUCACCUGUGCUGCGACUCUGAAUAUCGACGUCACUGCAGAGGAGCAGAAACCUGGAGCUCAGGUCCACGACGAUUUGAAAGUGAAGCCUGUGUUCAGGCACAGGAUCGCCCCUGUGGAGAUCAACACUGGCAACAUUGCCAAGUUUGAAUGUGAAACUGAAGACGCUCCGAAUGUGAGCUUCAAGUGGUUCAAAGAUGGUCAGCCCAUCAAAGAAGGAGAUAAAUACAGGAUUAUCAGUCGCUUCAGGACCUCCUCUCUGGAGCUGCUGAGCCCCAACAGAGAGGCCAGUGGUCAAUACUCCUGUAAGGCGACCAAUCAGCACGGCUCUGACGAAUGCUCCGCCUCCCUCAAAGUGACGGAGCAAUGCCCCCCCGCCUUUAUAACUAAACCUGACCCUCAGACAGUGUUUGUUGGAAAGAGGGCUCUGAUACAGUGUGAGAUAACAGGAUCUGCUCCACUGAAUGUGGUCUGGCUCAAAGACAGCCAGGCCUUGCCCAAAGUGCCGACAUACUACCAAAUGUCUUGUGAAAAGAAUAAGCACACUCUUGAGAUAACCCGGCUGGAGCCUUCAGAUCAGGGGCUUUAUGUGUGCCAGCUGUCCAACAGUGUUGGCUCAGCUGAGAGCAGCAUGGAGCUGCGGGUGGUUGAUAAGCCCAGCUUUGUGCAGCCUCUGGGCCCUAUGGCUGCUGUGGUCGGAGCCCCUCUGCACCUGGAGGCUCAGGUGGAUGAGGACACCGGGGUCACGGUGUCCUGGACAAGAGACAGUAGAAAGGUGCACCAGUCUCCGGACUGUAAACUGUCCUUUGAGGAUAAGACCGUUACUCUUGAUAUCCUAAAGACCACACUGAGAGAUUGUGGGCAUUAUGUGUGCACAGUGACAAAUGAAGCAGGGAGUGCCUCGUGCUCCACCUCAGUGAAAGUCCAAGAGCCACCGGUCUUUGUAAAGAGGCUGGAGGCGAGUUCGGCCUGGAGACAGGGCAGCACCGCCCGGCUGCAGUGCUCCGUCAAAGGGUCGCCUGAACUCCACACCUCAUGGUUCUUUAAUAACAGCCAGCUGUCAGCAGGCGGCCGGCACGAGAUCAGUCUGAAGGACGGGGUCACCACUCUUGAGAUAAAGGACGUCACGUUGAGUGACAGCGGGAACUUUACCUGCGAGGUGCUCAAUGAGUCGGGCUGUGAGAGCUGCAGCACUAAGGUCACAGUGAAAGAGCCGCCCUCUUUCAGGAAGGAGACCCCUUCAUUAGAGGCGGUCCGAGGAUCUGUAGCGGUGCUGGAGUGUGAGAUAUCCGGCUCGGCACCAUUCGAAGUGUCUUGGAAAAAGAAUAAGACGCGCCUGUCGACAGAUAAGAAGUACCGCAUAUUGUCUCAGGGAGCCCUGAGCUCUCUGGAGAUCCACUCCUUCGAGAGCGCUGACGCUGGGGAGUAUGAGUGUGUGGUCUCUAACGAGGUGGGGUCCGUCACCGCCAAGUCACUGGCUAAACAGAGAGAGCCUCCCAUGUUCUCUAAGAGGAUUGAGAGUGCUACAGCGGUGCUGGGAAACACAGUGAAGCUGCAGGGGAGCCUCAAAGGCUCCACACCCAUCACUGUGAAAUGGAUGAAAGACUCUGAGCUGCUCAGAGACGAUGAUCCAACCAUCAAAAUGAUUUUUGAGAACAACGUUGCCUGCAUUUCCUUCUCAUCCUGCGACAUUAAACAUGGCGGCAAGUACACUUGCCUUGCUGAGAAUGAGGCGGGACAGCAGAAAUGUGAAGCUGUGUUAACAAUUCAAGAGCCUGCUAGCAUCCUAGAGAGAGCCGCCUCCAUCAGUGUGAGCACAGGAGACUCGGCCACACUGGAGUGCACCAUCACAGGAAGCCCAGAGCUCACAGUGAAAUGGUUCAAAGACGGCAAGGAGGUGAUCAGUGGCCGUAAAUAUAAGACGAGCGUCAAGGAAAACACCGCCGUUCUAAAGAUCCUCUCGGCAGAUAAGGGAGACUCUUCAGAGUACAGGAUGGAGGUCUCCAACAAAGUGGGCAAAGACCAGUGCAGCAGCUCCGUCACUGUGCUAGAUCGAGCCGUCCCACCAUCCUUCACCAAGGCUCUGAAGAAGGUGGACGGCAGUGUUGGUAGUAAUGUCACCUUGGAGUGCCGAUUGGCUGGAUCUCAGCCCAUGGUUGUUAACUGGUUCAAAGAUGAAAAGGAGAUCCACAGUGAUGGCAAAUAUAAGGUUGACUUCACUGAGAUUAAAGCCUCAGUGACGAUAACGGGCCUGACACUGAGCGACGGGGGAGUUUAUACCUGCCGGGCGGCUAAUGGUGCCGGACAAAAAGAGACCAGCGGCACUCUGUCCAUUAAAGAACCUCCGGCCUUCACGGUGAGACCCGAGUCCCAGGACGCCUCACCGGGCUCACAUGUUGUGAUCAAAUCAGCCUUUACAGGAUCCGCUCCUCUGGUGGUUAAAUGGUUUAGAGAGGAGAAGGAGGUGUUCACUGGGGGGAAGUGUUUCAUAAAGAAAGACUCCUCUUCCAGCUCUCUGGAGCUUCAGUCUGUGAAACCCAGUGACUCGGCUAAAUACACCUGCCAGGUGUCCAAUGAUGCUGGGAAGGUGGAUUGCACCGCAGUCCUCUUUGUGAAAGAAGCCCCAACAUUUACAAUGAAGCUUGAGCCUUCACAGCUGCUGAAAAGCGGACAGCCUCUAAAGCUGUCCUGCAAAGUGCAAGGCACGCCUGUUAUUACCAUCAAAUGGUUUCAAAAUGGCUCAGAGAUCUCUGCAGACCGCAGACACUGCAUGUCCUUUGAGAGCUCUGUAGCGUCUCUGGAGGUGGACAGCUGCUCCGUGCAGGAUAGUGGAGAGUUUGUGUGCACGGCGUCCAGCGAGGCCGGCAGCGACCAGUGCAGCAGCUCCGUCACGGUCCAAGACCCUCCAGAGUUUGUGAGGUCUUUUGAAUCAGCCGAGCUCGUAAAGGGAGCCCACAUUUUCUUGGAAGGACUCGUUUCAGGUUCCCCUCCAUACGAAAUAAACUGCUUCCUGAAUGAGAAGCUGAUCAGAAACGACCAAAGACAUAAAGUCAGUGUUGAGAACGACACGGUCACUCUUCACAUCUCAAAGUGUGAGAUGGCUGACGCCGGCACGUACCGGUGCUCGGUUACUAACGAUGUCGGAGACACUUCAUGUUCUUGCCAGAUUUCCCUGAAAGAACCCCCCUCAUUUAUUGAGAGACUAGAGGAUAUGUCCUGCAUGGUGGGCUCUGAGCUCACUAUGAAGUGUUUGUUGUCUGGAUCACUUCCCAUGACUCUCUGCUGGAUCAAGGACGACAUUGAGCUCUCAGAAGACGAGCACAUUAAGAUGUCUUAUGAAACUCAAAGAGCAGAGUUGAUUUUGAGAAAUGCUCAGAUAUCCCACGGCGGGAAGUAUGUGUGUCAGGCUCAGAAUCGAGCCGGGACUCAGCGAUGUGCCGCCGCGCUCAUUGUCACAGAGCCCCCUCAGUUUGUCCUGAAACUCCCCCCCACUACGUUUGUGAAGCAGUGUGAGGGAUACCGUUUCCAAUGCAAGGCCAUCGCCUCGCGCUCCCUGAAAAUGUGCUGGUAUAAAAAUGACCAAAAGAUAACGGACGGAGACAACUAUAAAACGAUGUUUGUCGACUCGACUGCACACCUGCAGUUGCAAAGCACCAGGUUUGCGGAUAACGGCGUCUUCACCUGUGAGGCGCACAACGAUGCUGGCAGUGUGAGCUGCAGCACCGUGCUCACUGUCCAAGAGUCCCCAUCCUUUAUCAAAACUCCCAGUCCCGUAGAGGGCGUUAAAGGGAAAGAGGCCAGCCUGCACUGUGAGGUGUACGGCACUCCGCCUUUCGUGGUUAACUGGUACAAAGAGAAGCGGCCAUUGAAGGAGAGCAGGAAGUAUAAGAUGGUCAGUGAAGGCAGCUCAGCCGCGCUCCACAUUGUGAAGCUGGAGCAGGAGGACGCCGGCCUCUACGAGUGCAGAGUGUCCAACAAUGUAGAAAGUGCAACCUGUCGCACUACCAUUAGCCUGAGAGAAAAACCAACGUUUGUGAAGAAGCUGGUGGACCAGACGGUGAGCGUCGGCCAUCAGCUGACUCUGAGCGCCACGGUGAGAGGCUCUGAGGCCGUGACCGUGUCCUGGGUGCAGGACAAGGAUCACAUCCUCAGAGAUGGGGACAACAGGAAGAUCACCUUUGAGAAUAAUGUGGUCACCCUUGUGGUGCCUAAAGCUGACUCCACCACCGCUGGCAAAUACACCUGCCGGCUGAGCAGCGAGUCUGGCGUUGUGGAGUCCGUCUCCCAAGUGACGGUUCUAGAACCCGCCGCUAUUGUGGAUAGCCCAGAGUCCCUGAACGUGAAGUCAGGAGAGAACGUCUCUCUUGAGGUCAGAGUGUCCGGCUCUCCAGAGCUGAACGUUAAGUGGUUCAAAGAUAGCAAAGUGCUGUCUGCUGGCGCCAAGUACCAGACGUCCUUCACAAAGAAGGUGGCCGUCCUGAAGCUCCGCUCUGCUGACAAAGCAGACGCCGGAGAGUACAAGCUAGAGAUCACCAAUAACGUUGGUACCGCCUCUUGCAAAACUAAACUCUCCGUCUCAGAUAAGUUGAUUCCACCGAGCUUCAUCAGGAAGCUGAGAGACACCCAGCUUGUUGUUGGUAAGCCGGGCGAGAUGGACUGUAAGGUUGCUGGCUCUGCUCCUUUAACCACUUCCUGGUUCCACAACGGCCAGGAGGUCAAGAGCGGGCCGAACUACGACAUGAGCUGCACCGAUAACACCUGCAGACUGAGAGUCCCCACAAUCUGCAUGUCCGACUCUGGCAAGUACACCUGUAAAGCUGUAAAUGCUGCAGGGGCCAGUGAGACCAGUGCUUCCAUGAAUGUGACAGAACCUCCAUCCUUUGUGGAAAAGCCAGAAGCAAAGGAAACGCUGCCCGGCAAAAACGUGUCUUUCUCGGCUAAAGUGAAAGGUAGCGCCCCCCUGAAGGUGAAAUGGUUCAGGGGAGCCAAGGAGAUGCAGCAUGGCCGGGGCUGCGAGCUGGCCCUGAAGGAUGGGGUCGCCUCUUUGCUGCUCCAAAAGGUGGAGAAGGCCCACGCAGGAGAGUACACCUGCCAGAUCAUUAACAACGCAGGGAAGGAGAGCUGCCCUGUGAACCUGUUUGUGAAAGAACCGGUGCACUUUGUGAAGAAACUGAGGGACGUUUCCUCUGAGAAGGGGAAGCCUCUGUUGCUCGGGGUCACAUUUGCAGGCACUCCCAGAACCAACGUGACCUGGAAGAAGGAUGGGAAACUCAUCUGGGCCUCGUACCAAUACAACGUGACCACCACAGACUCCUCCUGCAUCCUGGAGGUCCUCAACGCAGACAGGGUGGAGGCCACCGGGAGAUACUCUUGUGAAGUAGACAACGGAGUCGGAAGUGACAGAUGCGAAGCACAGAUUUCAAUUCUAGAACGACCGUACUUUGUUGAAAAGAUGGAGCCAGUGGAGGUAUGUCUGGGCCAAGCGGUUACCUUGAAAUGCAGUAUUUUAGGAACUCCCGACAUCUCCCUAGCUUGGUUUAGAGCCGGCGGGAAGCUCCGCAAAUCUGACAUCUGCUCCAUGGAGUUCUCUAAAGGUGUUGCCACUUUGAAACUGACCAAAACCACCAAGUUUGAUCAUGGUGAAUACGUCUGCACGGCAGAUAACCGGAUCGGAUCGGCCUCUGCCAGCUGUAACGUGACAGUGACAGAACCCGUGCGCUUUAUCAAGAAACUGGAAGACACUACUUUCAUAGUUGGUAAGCCUCUGACUCUGGUGUGCACGUACGCCGGCAGCCAGAGGGUCUACGUCACCUGGAAGAAGGACGGCAAGAUGAUCUGGGCGUCUUAUCAGUAUAACGUUAGGACGACUGAUUCAGUUUGCUUCCUGGACGUCCUCAACAGCGACCGCCCAGAGGCAGCUGGGACUUACACUUGCGAAAUUUCCAACAAAGCGGGAACGGACGUCUGCCACGCUCGUGUCACCCUAGAGCCGCCGUGCUUCCAAACAAAGCUGGAAGACACUCUUUUCAGACUCGGUGAACCUCUGAGCCUCAGGUGUACGUACACCGGGAGCCAGAGGAUGAGCGUCACCUGGAAGAAAGACGGUAAACUCAUCUGGGCUUCAUACAAGUACAACGUUAAGACCACCAAAGAUUCCUGCGUCCUGGAGGUCCUCAACAGCGACCGCAAAGAGGCCGUAGGAAAAUACACGUGUGAACUGUCUAACGCUGCGGGAACCGAUAUCUGCCACGCCAAUGUCAAACUAGAGCCUGUUAGCUUUGUGAGAAAACUGAGGAACACCUUCUAUAAAGUGGGUAAGCCUCUGAUGCUGGAGUGCACGUUCACCGGCAGCCAGAGGAUUUACGUGACCUGGAUGAAGGACGGCAAACUCAUCUGGGCGUCGUACAAAUACAACGUCAAAACCACCAAAUCCUGCAGCAGCCUGGAGGUGCUCAACAGCGACCGCCGAGAGGCCGCUGGGAAAUACUCUUGCGAGAUUUCCAACUCAGAGGGCACUGCUAUCUGCCAUGCUAUGGUUAAGAUAGAACCUGUGCACUUUAUCAAAGAGCUGGAAGACACCACGUACACACUCGGCCGCCCCCUGUCGCUGUACUGCGCCUACGGUGCCAGCCCUCCAGUCAACGUGAGCUGGAGAAAGGAUGGGAAACCUGUCUGGGCCUGCUACAAAUACAAUGUGAAGACCACGGAGAACUCCUGCGUUCUGGAGGUCCUCAACAGCGACCGCAUCGAAGCCGUGGGGAAAUACUCCUGCGAGAUUUCUAACUCUGAGAACAGCGCCGUCUGUUACGCACAGGUCACACUAGAACCGAUGCGCUUCGUGAAACCACUGCAGGACAUGAGCUUUAGGGUCGGCCAGCCUCUGAAGCUCCAGGUCACGUUCACGGGCAGCCAGCUCGUGCACGUGAGCUGGAGGAAAGAUGGCAAACCCAUCUGGGCUUCUUACAAGUACAACGUGAAGACGACAGGCAGCUCCUGUGUGUUAGAGGUCCUCAACAGUGACAGAGAGGAGGCUGCUGGGAGAUAUUCCUGUGAAAUAUCCAAUGCCAGCAGCUCUGCUAUCUGCCACGCUCAGAUCAGACUAGAACCUGUGCGCUUCGUGAAAAAGCUCCAGGACACGUCCUACCUCCUGGGCCAACCUCUGCAUCUGACAUGCACGUACAGUGGCAGUCAGCGAGUGCACGUCAACUGGACCAAGGAAGGGAAGAUAAUCUGGGCUUCGUACCAGUACAACGUGAAAACCACGGACUCCUGCUGCACUCUGGAGGUCCUGAACAGCGACCGAGAGGAAGCAGCCGGGCUGUACUGUUGUCAGAUCUCUAACGCAGAGUGUUCGGCCAGCUGCGAUGCUUAUGUCGUUCUUAAAACCGCUAAGAAAGAGCCAGCCCGCUUCAUCAGGAAGCUGGAAAACACCACGUUCAGGGUCGGCGAGCCGCUGUCGCUGAGAGUGGCGUUCACCGGCAGCCAAAGACUGAGCGUGAGCUGGAAGAAAGACGGGGGAGUGAUCUGGGCUUCCUAUAAGUACAAUGUGAAGACCACCGACAGCGGCUGUGUGUUGGAUGUCCUCAACAGCGACCGAGAAGAGGCUUCUGGGAGAUAUACUUGCGAAAUAUCCAAUGCCCAAGGCUCUGAUACCUGCCACGCUCAUGUGAAACUAGAGCCCGUACGCUUUGUGAAGAAGCUGGCGGACAAGAGCCACCAGCUGGGUAAGCCUCUGAAGCUGCAGUGCUCGUACUCCGGCAGCCAGAGGGUCUACGUGACGUGGAAGAAGGAUGACAAGCUGAUCUGGGCUUCUUACCUCUACAACGUCAAAAUCACCGCCUCCACCUGCACUCUGGAGGUCCUCAACGGCGACAGGGCUGCCUCGGCCGGGAAAUACACGUGCGAAAUUUCCAAUGCCGAAGGCAGUGACACCUGUCACGCUAACGUUAAAAUAGAGCGCAAAGUCCCUCCCAACUUCACCAAGAGGCCCUCGGAGUCCAUGAUGGAUUCUGUGGGUAAGACGGUGAAGAUGGAGGCUCGGGUGUCCGGCUCGCAGCCGCUGAGCAUCACCUGGUACAAGGACAACAACCAGAUCUACGGCUCCGACAAAUACGCCAUGAGCUUAGAGAACAACGUGGCCGUGCUGUCCGUCAGAGACUCCAGCAGCUCUGACGGCGGCGUGUACUCCUGCGAGGCGUCCAACGAGGCCGGCAAGGCUUCCUGUCGGGUGACUCUGAACAUCACAGAAACUGGCCAGGCUCCGAAGUUUGAUGUUCCUCUGGAGCCGGUGACGGUGAACGAGGGCGAGAAGCUGAGCCUGAAGUGUCAUGUGACCGGCUCCCCUCCUCUGAACAUCCAGUGGAUGAAGGACAGGAGGGAGCUGAAGUCCAGCGGGAACACUCGCAUCACGUUUGUUGGCGGGUCGGCCUGUCUGGAGGUCAGCCCGGCCUCAAAGAGCGAGGCUGGGGAUUACCUCUGCAAGGCCUCCAACGCCACCGGCAGCAACUUCUGCAAGUCCAAGGUCGCCGUGAGAGACUCAGGAGUGAAGGUUUCCCCCCCGGAGGCCGCCUCCCCGGCUGCAGCCGCCACCCCGGCUGCAGCCGCCUCCCCGGCUGCAGCCGCCGCCCCGGCUGCAGCCGCCGCCCCGGCUGCAGCUGCAGCCGCCCCCGCCAAGAGACUGGACAACCUGUUCUUCAUCGAGGAACUGCAGACGGUUUCUGCCACUGAGAAGGGCACCGCCACCUUCAUCGCUAAGAUCAGCGGAGACCCGAUCCCCAGCGUGAAGUGGAUGAAGGGCAAGUGGAGGCAGAUCACCCCCGGUGGUCGCAUCUCCAUCGAGCAGAAGGGCCAGGACGCCAAGAUGGAGAUCAGAGAGGUGACCAAGUCGGACUCGGGUCAGUACCGCUGCGUCGCCACCAACAAACACGGAGAGAUCGAGAGCAGCGCCGACCUGGAGGUCAGCAAGAAGGAGGAGGCGGAGGGACUGGGAGACAUCCGGACCCGGCUGAAGAAGACUCCCUCAAAGCAGAAGAGUCCCAAGAAGGAAGGAGACUUCAACAUCGUGGACCUGCUGAGAGGACACAACCCCAAAGACUACGAGAAGAUCCUGCAGGAGCACGGCAUCCACGACUACCGCGCCAUCCUGCAGGCCAUCGAGUUCCUGAAGAGGGAGAAGGAGAUGGAGACCGGGAAAGUGGAAGUGGAGCAUGGAGGCCAGGUGGAGGAAGAGGACAUGGCUCGCCUCAUCCAGCAGCUGGAGGGACGCGCCAGCACCGAGCCGGUGACGGUCCUCGAGGACAUCAGCGACCAGACGGCUCUGGAGAGCCAGAGCGCCACCUUCCAGUGCCGUCUGCGCAUCAACUACCCCGAGAUCUGCCUCACCUGGUACAAAGGCACGCAGAAGCUGGAGGCCGGAGACAGGUACGACAUCGGCAGCGAGGGCGAACGCCACUUCCUGAAGAUCAAGACGUGCUCGGGCCAGGACCAGGGCAACUACCGGGUGGUGUGUGGACCGCACAUCUCCAACGCCAAGCUCACCGUCACAGGAGUGAGACAGGCAGUAGGAGAGACAGGCGAGUGGACAGAGACAGGAGACGUGUCUUCAGUGUCUGAGGUUUCGGAGGAUCAGAGAUCUUCAGCUGCCUUCAGAGAAUCUGAAGCGAGGAAGACGAAGGACGAGCCAAGGCGAGGAGAUGCCGACCGAUCAGCAGAACCUGAACAAAAGGUUCCCAGAAAGGUCUCUCCGGAACCUUACCAACCAAAACCUUCAGUCGAGCCAAAAACCACUCCCCUCGAGCCCAGGCCGAGGGCGGAGGAACCCAAAGAGCUGAAAACUGAAACUAAAGAAGCCAAGGCUGAAGCAAAGACACCUCAAGAAGCCCCUGAAGCCAGAGCCGCAGAACGUCCAAAGCCUGAAGCAGCUGUAGUUCAGCCUCCUCCCCCAUCAGCAGAACCUGUUCCGGCUAAAGUGUGGGAAGAACCCAGACCAGAGGAGCCUGUAGUUCAGCCGUCUGCACCAAAGGUUCCUGCCCCCAAGGCUGAAGCUGCUCCAACCAAAGUUCUCUCAGAGCUGAAGACAUCUGAAGCUCCAAGAAAAAUGGAGCCAGAAACACCAGGGAAGGUUCUGGAAGAAACACAGAGGGUUCCUGAAGCCCCAAAGAAGGUUCCUGAAGCACAGAAGAAAGUCAGAGAAGAACCGAUGAAGGCCCAAGAAGAACCAAAGAAGGUUCCUGAAGUACCAAAGAAGGUUCCUGAAGUACCAAAGAAGGUUCCUGAAGCACCAAAGAAGGUUCCUGAAGUACCAAAGAAGGUUCCUGAAGUACCAAAGAAGGUCCCAGAAGAACCAAAGAAGGUUCCUGAAGUACCAAAGAAGGUUCCUGAAGCACCAAAGAAGGUCCCAGAAGAACCAAAGAAGGUCCCAGAAGAACCAAAGAAGGUUCCUGAAGUACCAAAGAAGGUUCCUGAAGCACCAAAGAAGGUCCCAGAAGAACCAAAGAAAGUUCCUGAAGCACCAAAGAAGGUCCCAGAAGAACCAAAGAAAGUUCCUGAACUACCAAAGAAGGUUCCUGAACUACCAAAGAAGGUUCCUGAAGCACCAAAGAAGGUUCCUGAAGCACCAAAGAAGGUUCCUGAAGCACCAAAGAAGGUUCCUGAAGCAUCAAAGAAGGUCCCAGAAGAACCAAAGAAGGUUCCUGAAUCACCAAAGAAUGUCCCAGAAGAACCACAAAGGUCUCCAGUGGCACACAAAAUGGUUUCUGAACCACCACCACAAGACUUGGAAACACCAAAGCAAACUCUUCCGGCUCAAAAGCCUCUGCAACCAGUGUCUCCCCCAGAGGAGAGGAAACCAGCUGCACCAAAGUCUGUAUCUCCUGCAGCCGCUGCUCCUCCAGCAGCGUCUCCCCCAGAGGAGAAGAAACCAUCUGCACCUUCAGCUCCUGCACAGAAGGUUGCUCCUCCUGCAGUGUCUCGUCCAGAGGAGAAGAAACCAUCUGCACCAAAGCCUGCAGCUAAAGUCUCUCCUCCUGCAGUGUCUCCUCCAGAGGAAAAGAAAGUGUCUGCUCCAAAGCCUCCAGCAGAACAAGUGGUUCCUUCAGCAGCUCAAGUUUCUCCGGUGGCCAAGACACCCUCCCCCCCGCGCGUACAGGCCUCUCCAGCAGCCUCUCCGCCUGAAGACAAGGGACCAGUGUCAGCACCUGGACCUAUAUUACCAACAGAUGGAAAGCCGUCAGAGGAGGCGCCAAAGGGCCGAGGCCGAGGACUCGGGGCGAGACAAACCCCGUCUCCCGGUGAUGCCGGCAGAGGCCGCGGCCUGAAGCCCGGAGGAAAAGGCCCGACCCCCCCGGAGGAUCCCUUCGGAGGGUUCAAGCUGAAGGCGGUGCCUCUGAAGUUCUUGAAGAAGAUCAAGGACAUCUUGCUGCUGGAGGCCGAGUCCAUCGGAUCCUCCGCCGUGUUCGAGUGCGAGGUGUCGCCCUCCACCGCCAUCACCACCUGGAUGAAGGACGGCACCAACCUGCGCGAGGAUCCCAAGCACAAGUUCACCGCUGACGGCAAAGACCGCAAGCUGAACAUCAUCGACGUGCAGCUGUCGGACACCGGCGAGUACACCUGCGUCGCCAAGAACGCCGGCAAGGAAAUCACAUGCACCGCCAAGCUGGUGGUGGAAGAGCUGCCGGUGAAGUGGGUGAAGGAUCUGGAGCCGGAGACCUCCUGCAUCAAGAGCCAGCCCAUGUACCUGACCUGCGAGCUGAACAAGGAGCGCGAGGUGGUCUGGAAGAGGAACGGGGCGCUGCUGAAGAAGAAGGCCGGCAAGGUGGCCAUCAACAUCAUCGGCAUGCAGCACGCCAUCACCAUCCAGAACGCCACGGAGGAGGACGCCGGCGCCUACACCUGUGAGGUGGAGGGCCAGGAGGACGUGAAGACCACUACCAUCGUCAAGGUCAUCGAGGUGAUCAAGGACUGGCUGGUGAAGCCUCUGAGGGAUCAGCAUGUGAAGCCGAAAGCUAAAGCUACGUUUAAGUGCGAGCUGUUCAAGGACACCCCCAACUGGAAGUGGUUCAAGGGAGACACUGAGCUGGCUCCGUCGGACAAGAUCCAGAUCGACAAGGACGGCAAGAACGUGACGCUGACGGUCAACAACUGCCAGGCGGACGACGUCUCCGACUACAUCAUCGCCGUGGAGGACCGCAGAUACUCCGCCAAGCUCACGUUGGGAGAGCGCGAGGCCGAGGUCCUGAAGCCCCUCGCCAGCCAGGAGGUGGUGGAGAAGGAGGAAGCCAACUUCGACACGGAGAUCUCUGAGGAGGAUGUGGUGGGCGAGUGGAAGCUGAGGGGACAGGUGCUGAUGAGGUCUCCGACCUGCGACAUCAAGUCUGAAGGCAAGAAGCGGUUCAUGACCCUGAAGCAGGUUCAGCUGGACCAGGCGGGCGAAGUGUCCUACCAGGCGCUGAACGCUGUCACCACCGCCAUGCUCACCGUCAAAGAAAUCGAGAUGGGCUUUGUUGAGCCGCUGAAGGACGUUUCUGUGCCUGAAAAGAAACAGGCUAAAUUUGAAUGCACCGUCACCAAGGAGGUGUCAAAGGUGCUGUGGUUCAGGGGGGCGGACAUCGUCACCCCCAGCCCUAAAUAUGAGAUAAUGGAUGAUGGCAGGAAGCACAUGCUGAUCAUAAGCAGCUGUGAGUUUGACGAUGAGGCCCAGUACACGGUGGAGGUUCUGGGCCAGCGGUCCAGCGCCCUGCUGGCGGUGGAAGGCAUGAGGCUGAAGUUUGUGCAGCAGCUGAAAGACCAAACCGUGAAAGAAGGUAAAACGGUCCGCUUUGAGCUCGAGCUGUCGCACGAUAACGUGCCCGUGGUUUGGUACCGCAACGAGGUGAAGCUCCACGUGAGCAGAACGGUGCUCACGCACGUGGAAGGGAAGAGACACAUUCUCGAAAUGAGGACGCUGUGUCUCGAUGAUACCUGCCAGAUAAAGGCAGAGGCCAAAGGCAUUUACUCCAUGGCCAAGCUGACAGUCAUAGAGGGCGACGCGGUGUUCGUGGUGAAGCUGCAGGAUUACACUGCGACAGAGAAGGACGAGGUGUCUCUGGACUGCGAGCUGAGCAAAGACGUGCCGGUCAUGUGGUUCCACGAGGAGACGGAAGUCAUCGCCUCCAAGACAUUGCUGAUGAAGAGCGAGGGCACCCGCAGGUCUCUGGUGCUGAGGAAGGUGGAGCAGAGCGACAAAGGGAAAUACGUAUGUGACUGCGGGACGGACAAGACGACCGCCAGCAUCAACAUCGAAGCUCGUGACAUUAAGGUGGUGCGUCCGAUCUACGGAGUGGAGCUGUUCGACGGCGAGACGGCGCGCUUCGAGGUGGAAAUCUCUGAGGACGACGUCCGUGGCCAGUGGAAGCUGAACGGAGACGUCCUCACCCCGUCCUCCGAUGUGGACAUCAUCGAGGAGGGAGGAAAACACACUCUCAUCCUCUACAACUGCAAGGUGACCAUGACGGGCGAGGUGGCGUACGCCGCCGCCAACGCCAAGUGUGCCGCCAACCUGAAGGUCAAAGAGCUGCCGAUGAACUUCCUGACGCCGCUGAGCGACGUGAACGUUUACGAGAAGGACGAGGCGAGGUUCGAGUUGGAGCUGUCGAGAGCGCCGAAGAGCUUCCGCUGGCUGAAGGGAACGCAGGAGCUGCAGAAAGACGAAAAGUAUGAGAUGAUCCAGGAAGGAAACAUGUACGUCCUGCAGAUCCGCUCCGUCGCCUACGAGGACGAAGCCAAGUACAUGUUCGAGGCCGAGGACAAGAGGACGAGCGGCAAGCUGGUCAUCCAGGGUAUCCGGCUGGAAUUUGCUAAGCCGAUCAAGGAUGUGACGGUGAAGGAGCGUGAGACGGCAGAGUUCAGCGUGGAGCUUUCUCACGACAAGGUGCCGGUGGUCUGGUACAAGAACGACGUCCGGCUGCACCCCAGCAAGGUGGUGCACAUGGCGGACCACGGGAAGGUCCACACGCUGGCCUUCAAGGAGGUCACCAUCGACGACACCUCCAUGAUCAAAGUGGAGGCCAUGGACAAGAGCGUGACCGCCAUGCUCACCGUCAUCGAGGGCGACCUGUACUUCACCACGAAGCUGCAGAACUACACGGCGGUGGAGAAGGACGAGGUGAAGCUGGUUUGCGAGCUGAGCAAAACCAUCGCUGACGUGAAGUGGUUCAAAGACGGGAAGGAGAUCACGCCCUCCAAGAACAUCGCGGUCAGUACAGACGGGAAGAAGCGCAUCCUGAUGGUGAGGAAGGCAGAGAAGGCCAACAUCGGAGAGUACUCCUGCGACUGCGGAUCGGACAAGACAGCUGCUAACCUCAAUAUUGAAGCGCGAGACAUUAAGGUGACCCGGCCGCUGUACAGCGUCGAGGUCACAGAGACGGAAACAGCCAAGUUUGAGACGGAAAUUUCAGAAGAGGACGUCCACGGGAACUGGAAACUGAAGGGAGAGGCUCUGCACCAGAGCGCUGAUGUGGAGAUGAAGGAGGAAGGAACGAAGCAUGUGCUGAUCCUGUACAACGUGAAGAUGGAUAUGGCCGGAGGAGUCGACUUCUCCGCUGCCAACGCCAAGUCCAACGCCCAGCUGAGGGUCAAAGCGCGCUCCAUCGGGCUGCUGCGGCCCCUGAAGGACGUCACGGUGACGGCGGGCGAGACGGCCACCUUCGAGAGCGAGCUGUCGUACGAGGGCAUCGCCGUGGACUGGUUCCUGGGCGGGAAGAAGAUGGAGGCCAGCGAGAGGGUGAAGACGCGUGUAGCAGGUAAAGUCCACACGCUGACGCUCAGAGACGUGACGCAGUCGGAGGCCGGCGAGGUGAAGAUGACCUCCAAAGACUUCCAGACGGCAGCGCAGCUCAUCGUCAGACAGCCGGCGGUGGAGUUCUCUCGGCCGCUGGAGGACCAAUCGGUGGAGGAGGAGGCGGCGGCCCGGCUGGAGUGUGAAGUUUCUCGGGAAGACGCCGAGGUGCGCUGGUUCAGAGAGGGACAGGAAGUGAGGAAGACCAAGAAGUAUGAUGUCAUCAGCGAGGGACGGAAGAGGGCGCUCGUCGUCCUCGAUUGCACCCCCGACGACGCCAAGAUGUACACCUGCGACGCCGGGGACUUCAAGACCUCCUGCUUCCUGGAGGUCAUGCCUCCUCACGUGGAGUUCGUGAAGCCCCUGCAGGACGUGGAGGUGAAGGAGAAGGAGUCGGCCAGGUUCGAGUGCGAAGUGUCCCGCGAGUCUGCCAAGGUGCGCUGGUUUAAGGACGGCAGUGAGAUCAGGAAGGGGAAGAAGUACGAGAUCGUGUCUAAAGGAGUGAGUCGGAUCCUCAUCGUUCACAAAUCAGCCUUCGACGACGAGGCGGAGUACGAGUGUGACGCCCGCACGGCCAAGAGCUGCGGCAUGCUCACCGUCAUCGAGGAGGCGGCGCGCUUCACGAAGAACCUGUCCAACGUGGAGGGCACGGAGACGGACAGCGUGAAGCUGAUCUGCGAGGUGUCCAAACCCUCGGCCGAGGUGCGCUGGUUCAGAGGAGACGAGGAGCUGCCAGAGGGCGGCCGCUACGAGCACAUCAGUGACGGGAAGAAGAGGAUCCUCAUCAUCCAGGACUUGAGGAUGGAGGACGGCGGGGAGUACAGCUGCAGGCUGAGCGCCACCGUCACCACCUCCGCCAAGCUGUCACUCAGCGAGUUGGCAGCAGAGUUCAUCGCCCGUCCUCAGAGCCAGGAGGUGGUUGAAGGAGAGAAGGCGGAGUUCAGCUGCUCUGUUUCUAAAGACUCGUACGAGGUGAAAUGGUUCAGAGGAGAGAAGGAGGUGCAGGAAGGAGAGAAGUUCUCCAUUGUGAGCGAGGGAAAGAGACGCGCUCUUAUUGUGAAAAGCUGCGAGGUGAAGGACGAGGGAGGGUACGUGGCCCACAUCGGGGGCGUGAAGGCGUCCGCAGAGCUGACCGUCAUCGAGAAACUGAGGGUGGUCACGCCCAUCAAGGACACGGAGGUGAAGGAGGGAGGAGAGAUCGUGUUCAACUGUGAGACGAACACAGAGGGAGCGAAGGCCAAGUGGCUGAAGAACGAGGAGACCAUAUUCGAGAGCAGCAAGUACAUGAUGGCUCAGAGAGACAACGUGUUCUCGCUGAGGAUCCGCGAGGCCAGCAAGAACGACGAGGCGGUAUACACCAUCAGCCUGACCAAUCAGAGAGCAGAACAGGCCAAGUGCAGCGCCCGCGCCGCCGUGGCAGAGGAGAAGCUGCGGUUCCUGGACCCCAUCGAGGAUGUUGAGACUCAGGAGAAGAAGACGAUCGGCUUCACCUGUAAGGUGAACCGGCCCGAGGUCACGGUGCGCUGGCUGAAGGCGGGACAGGAAGUGACGCUCAGCAAACGCAUCGUGUACCGCGCCGACGGCCUGAAGCACACGCUCACCGUCAAGGACUGCCUGAUGGACGACGAGGGCGAGUACACCGCCGUGGUCGGAGACGACAAGUGUGCGGCCGAGCUGAUCAUCAGCGAGGCGCCCACCGACUUCACCGCACAGCUCCGAGACACCACCGUCACCGAGUUCGAGGACGCAGAGUUCACCUGCAAGAUGAGCAAGGAAAAGGCCGCCGUCAAGUGGUACAGGAACGGACGGGAGAUCAGAGAAGGACCCAGGUACCACAUGGAGCGUGAGGGGAAGACGUGCCGGCUGGUCAUCAAGGUGUGCCGGCCGGACGAUGAGUGUGAGUACGCCUGUGGAUUGGACGAGAGGAGGACCCGGGCCCGGCUCUUUGUGGAGGAGACCCCGGUGGAGAUCAUCAGACCCCCCCAGGACGCGUUCCAGCCCCCCGGCUCCGACGUGGUGUUCGAGGUGGAGCUGAACAAGGACCGCGUGGAGGUGAAGUGGAUGAGAAACAACAUGAUCAUCGUGCAGGGAGACAAGUACCAGAUGAUCAGCGAGGGCAAGAUCCACCGGCUGCAGGUCUGCGAGAUCCGGCCCAGAGACCAGGGCGAGUACCGCCUGGUGGCCAAAGACAAGGACGCCCGCGCCAAGCUGGAGCUGGCAGCGAUCCCUAAGAUCAAAACCACGGACCAGAACCUGCUGACGGACGCCAGGAAGCCCUUCAUGAUGACGGUGCCAUACGACGCGUAUCCUCGCGCCGACGCCGAGUGGUUCCACGAGGGAACCAGCCUGCCGGUGCAGAACAUCGACACCUCGGCCGACAAGACGGAGUACCGCAUGAAGAGCCCCCGCAAGGAGGACUGCGGCCGAUACCGGAUCCUGAUCCGCAACAAGCAUGGAGAGGGAGAGGCCUUCAUCAACCUGGACGUCAUCGACGUCCCCGGGCAGGUGAAGAACCUUCGGGUCGUGGACACGUCUGAUGGAGAGGUAAGUUUAGCGUGGGAGGAGCCAGAGAGCGACGGCGGCAGCAAGAUCUUGUCGUACGUUGUGGAGAGGCGCGACAUAAAGCGUAAGACGUGGACUCUGUCGACGGACCGCGCUGACGCGCCCGAGUACUGCGUGAGCGGCCUGCAGCGAGACAGCAAGUAUCUGUUCAGGGUCUGCGCCAAGAACCGUGUCGGCAGCGGACCGCUCUCCGCCACCGAGGAGGCCGUGCAGGCCAAGAACAAGUUCGACGUUCCCGACGCCCCGCAGAACGUGGCGGUGGGCGUGGUGAACCGUUACGGUGCCACUCUGUCCUGGGAGCCCCCGCUGAAGGACGGCGGCUCGGAGAUCACCAACUACGUGAUCGAGCUGCGCGACCGCACCUCGGUGAAGUGGGAGGCGGCCAUGGUGUGCGCCGCGGCGGACCGCUCAGCCGCGCUGAACGACGUCGUGGAGAACAAGGAGUACAUCUUCAGGGUCCGCGCCGAGAACAAGGCGGGCAUCGGCAGGCCCAGCGCCGCCACCAAGCCCGUGAAGAUCAUGGACCCCAUCGACCGUCCAUCCCCCCCCCUGAACCUGAACUACAGCGACCAGGUGCAGACGGCCGUCACCCUCACCUGGGAGACGCCCAGCAGCACCGGAGGCAGCAUGAUCACCGGCUACAUCAUCCAGAAGAGUGACGACGGCUCCGACAAGUGGAUGCGCUGCAACGCCCGGCUGUGCCAGGACCUGCACUACCGCGUGUCGGGUCUGAAGCCGGGUCAGAAGUACCUCUACAGAGUUUCUGCUGAGAACGCCGCCGGACUCUCCGACCCCGCGGAGCAGCUCGGCCCCCUGCUGGCCGACGACCCACACGUGGGUCCCCACUUCGACCUGAGUGGCUUCAGGAACGGUCUGGAGGUCAUCGUGCCGCAGCCCCUCACCAUCAGGGUGCCGAUCACUGGGUACCCCACGCCCGUCGCCAAGUGGACGUUCGGAGACAAACAGCUGAGCACCGCCGACGAGCGCGUCUCCAUGACGACCAAACCAACCUUCACGGAGCUGACGGUGUCCCCGAGCGUCCGCCCGGACAAAGGAACCUACAGCCUGACGCUGGAGAACGACGUGUGCUCCGUCAGCGGAGAGGUGGAGGUCAACGUCAUCGCAUGCCCUAGUGCCCCCAAGGACUUCAAGGUGGCGGAGGUGACGCGUCACCACGUGCACCUGAUGUGGGAGGUGCCCGAGCACGAUGGAGGAAGUCCUGUCACUCACUUCCAGAUCGAGAAGAGAGAGGUGUCCCGCAAGACCUGGGCCAAGGUGGCGGCGGGCGUGCUGGACCUGGAGCACACCAUCACAGACGUGGUGGAGGGGAAGGAGUAUCUGUUCAGCGUCACCGCCUGCAACAAGUGUGGACCGGGAGAGCCGGCGUACAUCGACGAGCCCGUCAACGUGUCCUCGCCCGCCACUAUUCCCGAUCCUCCGGAGAACCUGAAGUGGCGCGAUAAGAGCGGAAAGUCCAUCUUCCUGUUCUGGGAGCCAUCGAAGUACGACGGAGGCGCUCCCAUCAAAGGCUACGUUGUGGACAAGUGUCAGCGCGGGACGGAUAAGUGGGAGCCCUGCGGAGAGCCCAUCCCCGAGCUGAAGAUGCAGGUGACCGGGCUGAUCGAGGGCCAGUGGUACGCCUACAGGAUCCGAGCCUUCAACAAGCUGGGGGCCAGCAGACCCUGCAGGGCCACCGACGAGAUUCAGGCCGUGGACGCCAGAGAGCCUCCGGAGAUCCAGCUGGACGUGAAGCUGCUGGCGGGUCUGACGGCCCGGGCCGGCACUAAGAUCGAGCUGCCGGCCGACGUGAAGGGCAAGCCCGACCCGAGGGUGAAGUGGACCAAAGCGGACCAGGUCCUGAAGGCCGACGACCGCAUCACCAUGGACACUCAGCCCGGACACUCCAAGCUGUCCAUCGCCAACAGCACCCGGGGCGACACCGCCACCUACAUCAUCGAGGCCGUCAACGCCUGCGGGCGCGCCACCGCCACCAUUGACGUCAACAUCCUGGAUAAACCCGGCCCCCCCGCCGCCUUCGACCUCUCUGACAUCACCAACGAGUCGUGCUGCAUGGCGUGGAACCCGCCCCGGGACGACGGCGGCUCGCUCAUCACCAACUACAUCGUGGAGAGCCGACAGACGGACAAAGAGGAGUGGGUGAAGCUGUCGGCCACGGUGAAGCACACCACCUUCAAGGCCUGCAAGCUGAUGGCGCUGAAGGAGUACGUGUUCAGGGUCAGCGCUGAGAACCAGUACGGCAUUGGACAGCCGGCCGAGCACGCGCCCAUCAUCGCCAAGUAUUCCUUCGAUCCUCCUGGUGCUCCAACCAGAGUCACUCCCUCGGACAUCACCAAAGAUGCCGUGUCUCUGACCUGGUUCGAGCCGGACGAGGACGGCGGCAGUCCCAUCACCGGGUACUGGAUCGAGAAGUUCGAACCAGAGAGCGACAAGUGGAUCAGAUGCAACAAGCUGCCCAUCAAGGACACCACCUUCAGGGUGAAGGGACUCCCCACCAAGAAGAAGUACAGCUUCAGAGUUCUGGCCGAGAAUCUGGCUGGACCCGGAAAGCCCAGCGUGGAGACGGACCCGGUGCUCAUCAAAGACCCCAUCGAUCCUCCCUGGGCUCCAGGCAAACCUGCCAUCCGGGAGGUGGGUAAGACCACCGCCCUGCUGGCCUGGACCCGUCCGGAGCACGACGGCGGGGCGAAGAUCGAGAGCUACAUCAUCGAGUUCCAGAAGGCCGGCAGCGAGGAGUGGAUCCGGCUGAUGGAGGACGUCCCGCAGACGGAGCAGCAGCUCACCGGCCUGGUGGAGCAUCAGGAGUACUGCUUCAGGGUGAAGGCCAUCAACAAGGCCGGGGAGAGCGAGGCGUCGGAGCCCAGCGACCCCGUGGUCUGCAAGGAGAGGCUCUUCCCCCCCUCUGCGCCCCAGUGGCUGGAGGUGGCGUCCAUCACUAAGGUGUCGGCGGGUCUGAAGUGGCAGGCUCCCAGCAGCGACGGAGGCUCCCCCAUCACUAACUACGUGGUGGAGAAGAGGGACGUCCGGCGCAAAGCCUGGCAGGCGGUGGACACCACGGUGAAGGAGCUGAAGUACACCGUGACGCCGCUCAACGAGGGCUCGCUCUACGUGUUCCGCGUCGCUGCAGAGAACAGCGCCGGGAUGGGAGAGUUCUGCGAGAUGGAGGACGCCGUGCUCGCCAAAGACACAUUCACCACCCCCGGACCCCCCUACGCCCUCACCGUGGUCGAGGUCACCAAGAGACAUGUUGAGCUCAAGUGGGAACCCCCCAAGAGCCACGGAGGAAGACCCAUCACCAAGUACGUCAUCGAGAAGAAGGAGAAGCUGGGAUCCCGCUGGCUGAAGUGCUGCAAGACCCCCGACAAACUGUCCCAGUUCAAGGUGACGGACGUGGACGAGGGCACCGAGGUGCAGUUCCAGGUCCGGGCGGAGAACGAGGCCGGGGUGGGAGACCCCAGCGAGCCCACCGAGAUCCUGACCAUCGAGGACGCCACCAGUGCCCCCUCCCCCCCUCUGGAGUUGGCAGUACCUGACGCUAGCCGUGAGCACAUCAGCGUCACCUGGAAGCCCCCGACCAAAGACGGCGGCUCCCCGAUCUCUGGGUACCACGUGGAGGUGGCCGAGGCCCGGCCCGAGCUCAAGUGGCUGCGCGUCAACACCCGGCCAAUCAAAGAGCUCAGCUUCAGGAUCGACGACGGCAUCAAGCCCGAGAAGAAAUACGUGAUCCGGGUCCGCGCCAUCAACGCCGUGGGAGUGAGCGACCCCUCCGACGUCUCCGACAAGGUCUUCACCAAAGACCCCGACUGCGCCCCCACCCUGGACCUGGCGUCUCAGGAGGUGGUGGUGGUGGAGGGGGAGAAGCUGCAGCUGAAGGUCCCCUACAGAGCCAUCCCCACCCCCAAGAUGGUGUGGAAGAAGGACGAGGUGGAGUGCAAGGCUGGCGAGCGGCUGUCCAUGACGGUGGAGAUGAACAGCGCCCACCUGGACCUGCUGAAGAGCAGCCGGGCCGACGCCGGCGCCUACGCCAUCACGCUGGAGAACAGCCUGGGCAGCGCCACCGGCACCGUCACCGUCAAGGUCAUCGGCCUCCCGGGACCCUGUAAGGACAUCUCGUCCAGCGAGGUCACCAAGAACUCAUGCCGGAUCAGCUGGGAGGCCCCCGAGGACGACGGCUGCUCCCCCGUGCUCAGCUACACCCUGGAGCGCCGCGAGGCCUCCAAGAAGACCUACAUGCCCGUGAUGUCGGGCGAGGACGUGCUGACCGCCGUCGUCAAAGACCUCUAUGUCAACUGCGAGUACUUCUUCAGGGUCCGGGCCGUCAACAAGGUGGGGGCCGGGGCCAACCUGGAGCUGCGCAACGCCGUCAUCACGGAGGAAGUCAAACAGAAACCGGACCCCCCCAUCGCGGUGGAGGCCCGGGACCCCACCUGUAAGUCCAUCACAGUGACCUGGAAGGCUCCGGACUCUGAUGGCGGCUGCCCGAUCACCGGAUACAUCGUGGAGAAGAUGGAGAAGGACGGAGAUCGAUUCGACCGCGUCACGCCCACCCUGGUGCCCGGCCUCAGCCACACAGUCACCGGUCUGACGGAGGGGGCUGAGUACCAGUUCAGGAUCCGGGCGGAGAACGCCGCCGGGGUCAGCGAGCCGUCCCGCAGCACGCCGCUCACCAAGGCUGCAGACCCCGUCGAGAAACCCAGUGUGACGCUGCACGCCCGGGUUCAGUCCGGCGUGUGUGUGAAGAAGGGCGAGGAGGUCCGGAUCGACGCCCUGAUCUCCGGGUCCCCGUACCCCCGGGUCACCUGGCUCAGGAACGACGAGGACGUCACCAAGAAACCAACGAAGAAGACCGCCCCCGUCAAGAGGAGGAAGUCCAAGGCUCAGGCGUACGAGGAGGAGGAGGAGAACCCCCUCAGCCAGCGCCUCGGUCUGGAUCAGAGCAUCCGGGGCCGGGCCGGGCUGAUGAUCCGCGAGGCGGUGAGGAGCGACCACGGAGAGUUCACCGUCACCGUGGAGAACCAGCACGGCACCGCGUCCGCCCGCUGCACCGUCAACGUGCUGGAUAAACCCGGCCCCCCGGUGAACAUCACCUUCGAGGACGUCAGGAACACCUCGGUGGUUCUGAACUGGGAGCCCCCCCUGGACGAUGGGGGCAGCGAGGUGCUGAACUACAUCCUGGAGAAGAAGGACAACCGUAACGAGGAGGUGGGCUGGAUCACCGUGAGCUCCACCCUGAAGACCCCCACCCACGCCGUCACCAAGCUCAUCGAGGGCAAGGAGUACGUGUUCAGGGUCACGGCAGAGAAUAGGUUCGGCUGCGGACCCCCCAACACCUCCAAGCCCCUGGUGGCCAAGAACAUGUUCGACCCCCCCGACGCCCCCUCCACACCCCGGGUCCACGAGGUCACGGCGAGCAGCGCCAAGAUCUCGUGGCACGAGCCCAAAGACAACGGCUCCCCCAUCCUGGGCUACUGGAUUGAGAGGAAGGAGGUGAACAGCAAGCACUGGACCCGGGUGAACAGGGCUCUGCUGAACUCCCUGGAUGUGAGGGUGGAGGGCCUGAUGGAGGGUCUCACCUACAUCUUCAGAGUCUGUGCAGAGAACCUGGCCGGCCCCGGGCCCUUCAGCGAGCCCAGCGAGCGCACCGUGGCCAUGGACGCCAUCAUGACCCCCGGCCCCCCCACCCCCUGGAUCGUGGACACUGGGAAGGACUCAGUGAUCGUGGCCUGGAAGCCGCCCCUGUAUAACGGAGGAGGGGACAUCCUGGGAUACCACCUGGAGAAGGUGCUGGUGGGGGAGAAGGAGUGGAGCCGCUGCACAGAGUUCAGGUGUAAAGACCUCACCUUCACCAUCACUGGCCUCACUGAGGGGGCAGAUUACUACAUCAGAGUCAUCGCCAUCAACGACGCAGGACCAGGGGUCCCAGGGGUCACCGAGCCCGUCACUGUGAAGGAGCCCGAAGAGACCCCGGCGGUGUCCCUUGAUGCCUCGGUGAGGAGCGGAGUGAUCCUGCGUGCCGGCGAGGCGCUGCGUCUGCCGGCGCUGGUGAGCGGCCGCCCGCAGCCCGAGGUGAAGUGGAGCAAAGACGAGAAGGACCUGGAGGCUGAGCGCAUGCUGGUGGAGACGCACGGCCGCAACACAACGCUCUGCAUCAAGAAGGCCGUCAGGGCCGACACCGGACUGUUCAGAGUCACCGGCACCAACAGCAGCGGCACCAAGAGCGCAGAGUGCCGGGUGGACGUCAUGGACGUCCCGGGCCCCGUGGUGGACCUGAAGACGGUCCAGGUCACGAAGAAGAACAUCACUCUGACCUGGAGCGACCCGCUGGAUAACGGCGGCAGCGACGUGCUCGGAUACGAGGUUCUGAGGAAGGACGCCAAGAUGAAGCUGUUCCGCCAGCCGAUGGAGACGGCCUCCUGCAAGUGUGACAUCACGGGCCUGCUGGCCGGCGACGAGUACGACUUCAGGGUCAUCGCCAGGAACAAGUUCGGAGACGGGACCCCCGCUGACCUGGGGCCCAUCCUCGCUGUAGACCCCAAAGGCUUGCCCACGGCCCCGGAGAAGCUCCACUACACGGACCGUGGGAAGAGCUCCAUCUCUCUGGCCUGGGAGGUGCCCCGCUCUGACGGAGGCAGCCCCAUCCUGGGCUACGUUCUGGAGAAGAUGCGCUCUGACGCCUCAGAGUUCGAGCCGGCCAGCAGGAAGAUGUUCCCCGAGUGCUGCGGCACGCUGGAGAACCUCACGGAGAACAUGGAGUACGAGUUCAGGGUCCAUGCCGUCACCGAGGUGGGAGACGGAGACAACUGCAAGCCAAUCAGCGUCUGCAUCCAGGACGACGAGAUUGCUCCGGCGAUCACCAUCCUGAAGUUCUUCAAGAAUAACUGCAUCAGCGUGAAGAAGGGCUCUUCCAUCGAUGUGCCGGCGGAGGUGCUGGGGCUGCCCCUGCCCACACUGCGCUGGACCAAGGACGGAGAGGAGCUGCUGCCGCUGGAGAACAAGCUGAGCCUGGAGACCGAGGAGGUGACCCGGACCACCCUCCGGACGAAGAUCUCCCUCCCAGGAACCAUCAGGAAGGACACGGGCAGCUACAAGCUGCAGGCGGAGAACUGCUGGGGCAGCGCGGAGCACACCGUCCGGGUGGAGAUACUGGACCGGCCUCUUCCUCCCAGGAACAUCGUGGUGUCGGACAUCAAGGCGGAGUCCUGCUACCUGACCUGGGACGCGCCCGAGGAUAACGGAGGCAGCGAGAUCACCAACUACAUCCUGGAGAGAAGAGACGCCAGCAAGAAGAAGUCCGACUUCGAGCUGGUCACCGUGCACCUGAUCGACCGCAGAUACGGGGUGCACAAGCUGAACGUGAACGGGCAGUACCAGUUCCGCCUCAAAGCCGAGAACAAGUACGGCGUGAGCGACGGCUGCGACUCGGAGAAGGUUGAGCUGAAGGAACCCUUCGGCCUGCCCGGACCCCCGCGCAACCCCAAGGUCCUGCGGGCCACGGCCACCACUAUGACUGUGACCUGGGAGCCCCCCCUGGACAACGGGGGCUCCAGCAUCCAGGGCUACUGGCUGGAGAAGAGGGAGCGCGGGGCCGUGUACUGGGGCCGCGUCAACAGGGCGCCGGUCACCAAGCCCUCGGUGAAGGGCCUGCAGUACACUGUGCUGAAGCUCAUCGAGGGGUCCGUGUACCAGUUCAGGAUUGCAGCCUGCAACGCUGCCGGGGUCGGGCCCCACUGCGAGCCCACCGAGUGCAAGCUGGCCAUGGAACCCUGCAACCCCCCCAGCCCCCCCGGCUCCCCAGAGGUUAAAGACAAGACGAAGAGCAGCGUGACUCUGAGCUGGAUCCCCCCCGACAGAGACGGAGGCAGCCCCAUCAAGGGCUACAUCAUCGAGGUGCACGAAGAGGGCUCUCCUGAUUGGAGGAGGGUCAACCCCGCCGAUAAGCUCCACCCCCUGACGGAGAUCACCGUCCCCGACCUGAAGGAGGGCAAGAAGUGCCGCUUCAGGAUCUACGCCGUCAACGCCGCCGGCAACUCUGAUCCCGCCAAGACCGGAGACGUGCUGGUGCAGGACAUCCUGAUCGAGCCGGCGAUGACUCUGAAUGUGAAUGCUCACGAGCUGCUGACCUGCAGAGCGGGAACCCCCCUGCAGAUCCCCGUCUCCUUCAGCGGACGCCCCACCCCCAAACUCACCUGGACCUUCGACGGCCCCGCGGAGAGCGAGAAGAAGAACGACGUGCACACGCUGCCCAUCGACUCCGAGAUCCAAAUGACAGACACCAGCUCGGUGGUCCUGAUCCCGGAGAGCAAGCUGAACCACAGCGGGCGCUUCAUCAUCAACGCAGAGAACGCCGCCGGACACAAGCUGCUCAAAGUGCGCGUCACCGUGCUCGACCUGCCCGGGGCUCCCAGAGACCUGAAGGUGAGCGACGUGACUCGAGGCACCUGCAGAUUCACCUGGAAAGCUCCAGAGAGCGACGGAGGAGAGAGGGUGAAGAGCUACUUCAUCGAGAAGAAGGCGGUCAACGGGAAGGCCUGGACCAAGGUGAACCCGGCCUGUGCGGCCCAGUCUCUGGUGAUCCCAGACCUCAUCAACGGACAGGAGUACAUCUUCAGGAUCCGAGCAGAGAACCGCUUCGGCUUCGGACCCCUGGCUGAGACCGAGCAGCCCACCAAGGCCACCGACCCCAUCCGGAGACCACCGGGAAGCGCUGGACCCGAGUGACCCGGGACCCGAUCCGACCAAUGGGAAUGGGCGAGAGCUUCACCGUGACCGGGCUCAUCGAGGGCUCGCAGUACCUGUUCAGGGUCUGCGCCCUCAACGCCGCGGGGCCCGGGCCCUACAGCGCCCUCACAGACCCCAUCUUCGCCAGAGACCCCAUCUCCCCGCCCUCUCCCCCCACCCCCAAGAUCUCUGAUUGGACCAAGUCCUCUGUGGACCUGCACUGGAUCCCGCCCCUGAAGGACGGAGGCUCCAAGAUCAUUGGUUACUGGGUGGAGUCCAAGGAGGAGGGCACCGAGGCCUGGGUGAAGGUGGGACACUUUCCUGAGAGCCUUCACACUUUAGAGACCCUGAUGCUGAUCGUAGAAACUGAGACCUGUUUCUGUUUUCAGGCGAAAGAGACGGAGAUCCGCGGAACCCGGCUGGUGAUCGCCGGCCUGAAGACUGGCGGAAAAUACAAGUUCAGGGUGACCGCUUUCAACGCUGCCGGUAACGGAGAACCGGGAGAGGUUCCCGAGGUGCUCGAGGUCAACGACAGAACCAUUGCUCCUGAGGUGGACCUGGACGCCUCGGUGAAGGAGAGGAUGGUGGUCCACGCCGGCGGAGUGAUCCGGAUCAUUGCCUACGUGUCGGGCCAGCCGGCCCCCGAGGUCACAUGGACUCGAGAUGGCGCCGCGCUGCCUCUAGAGGCAGUGGUGGAGACGACCGGCAUCAGCUCGUCUCUGGUCAUCAAACCCUGCACCAGGAAGCACCUGGGCGUCUACACGCUGACCGCCAAGAACGCCGGCGGAGAGAAGACCAAGAACAUCACUGUGGAAGUCCUGGACGUCCCCGGGCCUGUGGGAAUCCCCUUCAGUGCGGAGAACCUGAGCAGCGAGUCCUGUAAACUCAGCUGGUUCUUCCCGGAGAACGACGGAGGCUCGCCCAUCAGCAACUACAUCGUGGAGAAGCGUGAGGCCGAGCGUAAGGCCUGGACCGCUGUGUCCUUCACCGCCAGCCGGCAGAACGCCGUGGCUCAGGGCCUCACCACCGGCAAGUCCUACUUCUUCAGAGUCGCCGCCGAGAACGCCAUUGGGCUCGGACCCUUCAUGUGCACCGCCGCCGAGAUCCUCGUCAAAGAACCCAUGAGUGUGCCGGACCGCCCUGAGGAGCUGGAGGUCACCAAGGUCACCAAGGACCUGAUCAGCAUCACCUGGAAAGCCCCGAAGUUCGACGGCGGCUCGGAGAUCAUCAUGUACAUGCUGGAGGCGCGCAUGAUCGGCAAAGACAAGUUCAGCCGUCUGACCAAAGACGCUCUGAUGGAGAGGAAGUUCACGUUCGACGGUCUGCGGGAGGGCGACACCUUCGAGUUCAGGGUCAUCGCCGUCAACGAGGUCGGGCCCAGCAAGCCGUCCUUCAGCACCAAACCCAUCACCUGCAAGGACGAGCUUGAGCCGCCCACCAUCGAGCUGGACUUCCGCGAUGCGAUCGUGAUCCGUGUGGGCGAGAGCUGCCUGCUGCAGGGCCGCUACACCGGGAAACCGUUCCCGUCCAUCCUGUGGUACCACGAGGACGAGGAGCUGAAGGCCGACAAACAUGUGAUGUUCAAGAACACGCUGACCACCAUGUCUCUGGGCCUGAUGAAGGCGGAGCGCAGACACAGCGGCAGAUACGUGGUGGUGGUGGAGAACAGCACCGGCUCCAGGAAAGGGGUCUGCAACAUCACCGUGGUCGACCGCCCAACCCCCCCUGUCGGCCCCGUGGUGUUUGAGGAGGUGCACAGGGAGUUCAUGGUGAUCUCCUGGAAACCUCCUCUGGACAGCGGCGGCGUAGACGUCUCCAACUACAUAAUCGAGCAGAGAGACACCAACCGCGAGGCCUGGACCACCGUCACCUCCGCCAACACCAAGACCUUCUGCAAGAUCCCGAAGCUGACGGAGGGCCGUGAGUACAUCAUGAGGAUCUCUGCGGAGAACAUGUACGGCAUCAGCGACCCGCUGGAGUCCGAGGAGAUGAGAGCCAAAGAUCUGUUCAGGGUCCCUGAGGCCCCCGAGAUGCCCACGGUCAGGGAGGUGUACGCCACCAACGCCCUGGUGCUGUGGACCCGGCCCCGCGACGGAGGGAAGCCCAUCACCAACUACAUCCUGGAGAAGAAGGAGCCUGCCGCCAAGAGAUGGUCCCGGGUCACCAGGGAGCCGCUGUACCCCGCCACCCAGUACCGCGUGCAGGACCUGGUGGAGGGCUGCGAGUACGAGUUCAGGGUGAUGGCCGAAAACGAGCUGGGCACCGGGGACCCCAGCGUCCCCUCCAAACCCAUCCUCGCCAAGGACCCCAUCGUGUGCCCCAGCCCCCCCGUGACCCCCGAGUCCUACGACAAGACCAAGGACUCGGUCAGCCUGAGGUGGAAGAUGCCUCGCCACGACGGGAAGGGUCGUAUCUUCGGCUACCUGGUGGAGUACCAGAAUCCCGGCGCCGUGGAGUGGCUUCCGGCGAACGAGACCCCGGAGCAGUGCCCCGACCUUCACUACGUGGUGACGGGCCUGGAGGAUGGAAAAGAGUACAACUUCAGGAUAUUCACAGUCAACGCCGCCGGCAAAUCUGACCCCGCCUUUGUUAAGACCAGCGUCAAAGUGCACGACAGGAUGGAGGAACCUGAGCUGCUGCUGGACGCCAACAUGGCGCGGGACCACCUCGCCAUGCUGGGAUCCGACAUCACGCUGAGCGCCACCAUCAAGGGAGUGCCCACGCCCACCGUCAGCUGGAAGAAGGAUGACGGAGACGUCCCCGCUCACAUCACCGUGGCCGUCACUGCCAGCGGCAGCAAGGUCUUCAUCCCCAAGAGCACCCGCGCCGACUCCGGCAACUACACCCUCACCGCGGAGAACGCUGUCGGCAAGAAGUCCAUCACCGUGGUCGUGCUUGUUCUGAACAAGCCUUCCCCUCCUAGAGACCUGGUGAUCUCCGAGAUCACCAGCGAGUCCGCCUACCUGACAUGGAAGGCCCCCGAGGACAACGGUGGCGCUGUCAUCUCGCACUACGUGGUGGAGAAGAAGGACGUGGCGUCCGACCAGUGGGUCCCCGUCUCUGCAUCCAAUAAGAAGCCCAGUCUGAUGGCGCUGUACCUGAUGGAGGGAAUCCAGUACCUGUUCAGGGUGGCUGCUGAGAACCAGUUUGGCAAAAGCGCCUACGUGAUGACCCGGACCCCCAUCAAGGCCCUAGACCCACUCUACCCCCCCGGCCCCCCCAAGAACCUGCACCACACUGAUGCAGAUAAGACUGAGGUGUGGCUGGCCUGGGAGUGGCCCGAACGUACCGGGGGCAGCGAGAUCACCGGCUUCAUCGUGGAGCACCAGGAGGACGGCCAGACCGACUGGGUCCCCUACAAGACCGUCAGCGACAACCACGCCCACGUCACCAACCUGAUGGAGGGCAAGACCUACCGCUUCAGGGUCAAGUCCCAGAACGCCAUCGGCGUGAGCCGGCCCGACACCACCGUCCCCAUCACCUGCCAGGAAAAGACAUUGCCACCAACUAUUGAAGUUGAUGUGAAGCUCAUCGAGGGUCUUGUGGUCAAAGCUGGCACUCCUAUUGCCCUGCCGGCUAGGAUGACCGGUAUCCCCACUCCCACGGCCAAAUGGAUGUGCGAUGGCAAGGAAGUGGUAUCUGAAGGCCGCUUCAACAUUGAGACUGUUGGAUGCUCCACCAUCCUCAGCAUCCCACAGACCCAGAGAGGAGACACCGGAGAGUACCUUCUCACCGUGGCCAAUCCCUCAGGAAGCAAGACCGUCGCUCUGCACGUCACUGUGCUGGAUCUCCCCGGUCCACCCAUCUCACCCAUCAACAUCUUGGAAGUCACCCCGGAUUACAUGAUGAUCCAGUGGAGGGCACCCAAGGAUGAUGGUGGCACGCCCAUCAUAAACUACGUGGUGGAAAAGAAGGAUGUGAAGAAGCCGUGGGAGCCCUGGUCCGUGGUUAGCUCCGGCGGCACCAGCACCAAGGCUAAGGUGUCCCGGUUGGAGAAGGGUCGUGAGUACAUCGUACGCGUCCGAGCAGAGAACAAGAUUGGCCUUGGUGCAGGGCUCGAGAGUCCUCCCACUAUUGCCAAGCACAUGUUCAACCCUCCCGGUCCUCCAGGCCCGCCAGAGUGCUCUGAUAUCACAGAGAACGCUGUGACAGUGGAGUGGACCCUGCCGGACUACGAUGGAGGCAGCCCCAUCAGUGGAUAUGUGAUUGAACGCAGAGAAAUGACAGGAAAGUGGAUCCGUGUCAACAAGACUCCUGUGCUGGACCUCAGAUACAGAGUCUCAGGCCUGUUUGAAGGCAACAGCUACGAGUUCAGAGUGUUUGCAGAGAAUGUUGCCGGUAUCAGCGGGCCUUCUAUGAACUCCAAUCCCGUAAAGGCCACUCGUGCCAUCACUAAACCUGGACCCCCUGGCAAUCUUAAACUGAAGGACUGGAGCAAGUCCUAUGCAGACAUCUGCUGGACCAAGCCUAACAGAGACGGAGGCACUCCUAUUCUAGGCUAUGUGGUAGAGGUUCAGAAGUCAGGGUCCGCUCAGUGGGACAGAAUCUCUAAGGACCUUGUCAAGAUGUGCGCCUUCAGAGUGCAAGGCUUCAUUGAAGGAAUGGAGUACAGGAUCCGCAUCAAAGCCACCAACAAGGUAGGAGACAGUGAACCCAGGGAACUGACUGAGACCGUCUUAGCUAAGGACAUUUUGGUGCCCCCUGAGGUUGUUGUCGACGCAUCCUGCCGUGACUCUCUGACAGUCCGGGCAGGCCAGAUCAUAAGUUUGAUCACCAGGGUGAAGGGACGACCAGACCCAGAGAUCACAUGGUCCAAAGAUGCCAGAGCCCUGACCCGGGACAGACGCACCGAGAUUAACAACAACUACCCAAUGUGUGAACUCGUCAUCAACGAGGCCGUCAGGUCAGACUAUGGUAAAUAUGCCAUUCUCGCCAAGAACAGCAGUGGACAAGCACAGGCCACCAUUAUCGUCAAUGUCCUGGACACACCAGGACCUUGCCAGAACCUAAGAGUGGCCUACGCCACAAAGAAGUCCUGCAUGGUGUCCUGGGAAAACCCAGAGGACAACGGAGGAACAGAGAUCAAUCAGUACAUUAUUGAGUGCCGUCAGCCCAGCCAGAGAGCAUGGACUGUAGUCGCCAAUGACUGCACCAAGCGCCAGAUGAAGGCCCCUCUAACUGAAGGCUGCGAGUACUUUUUCCGUGUCAGCGCAGAGAACAAGAUCGGUGCUGGUCCAGCCAUUGAGUCCAAAGAGCCUGUGCUGGCAGUGGAUCCCAUCGAGAAGCCCGGUGAACCAAUUGACUUCCAUAUCGCUGAGAUCGGCAAGGACUUCUGCUUCCUCAAGUGGAAGAAGCCUGACUACGACGGUGGUAGCCGUAACAUUGCUUAUCAUGUUGAGAAGAAGCCAAAGGAGGCUGAGGAGUGGGAGAGGCUUCACAAGGGCGCUAUCAAGGAGACCUACUUCAUGGCUGACAGGUGCAUCGAAAACCAGUUGUACCAGUUCAGAGUACAGACGAAGAACGAGGGGGGCGAGAGCAACUGGGUGACCACACCUGAAGUCCUGGUAAAGGAACAGCUUGUGGAGCCUGAGGUCAAGAUCAAACUGGACGCAACACUCGUGGUCAAGGCAGGAGACUCCAUUCAUAUCGAGGCGAUAGUGAAGGGCAAGCCCCAGCCUGUCAUCAAAUGGAACAAAGAUGAGGAAACCCGCGAGAUAAGGAAGGGCCUCAGGCAUACGCUGGAAUCUGGAACCGACUUCUCAAAGCUGCUGAUAACCGCUGCCAGACGCACAGACAGUGGUACAUAUCUUGUCACUGCCUCCAACAGUGCAGGAACCGCCUCUGCUCAUGCUAAGGUUAAUGUCUUGGAUAGACCCGGCCCCGUCAUGGAUCUGAAGGUGUCUGGUAUCACCACUGACCGGUGCCAUCUGUCCUGGGAAGUCCCAGAGGAUGAUGGCGGCUGCGAAAUCUACAACUACAUUGUUGAGAAAUGUGAAACCAAGAGGGGAGUCUGGUCAGUCCACUCUAACGCCAUCAUUACCAACAAAGCUAAAGUCACUCGUCUCACCGAGGGCAACGAGUAUAUCUUCAGAGUCCGUGCUGAGAACAAGAUGGGUCCUGGGCCCGCGGAGGAGAGUGAAGCCAUCGUGGCCGGCACCCAGUUCAGUGUACCUGGCGCUCCGGAGGCACCAGGGAUCACCAAGAUCGGCAAGCACGAGAUGACGGUGGAGUGGUCUGAGCCCGAAAAGGACGGCGGAAAGUCCAUCAUCGGUUAUCUGUUGGAGAAGAGGGAGGAGCACGCCGUGAGGUGGUCUCCUGUCAUCAAGGAACCAAUCCCUUCAACACGUUACACCGUGACCGGACUCCUGCCCCUCCACGACUACCAGUACAGAGUCAAGGCGGUUAAUGAAAUUGGCAUUGGCAGCGCAAGCAAGCCUUCACUCGCCAUCACCGCCAGGGACACAGUUGAGCCUCCAGCGCCUCCCACCAACCUGAAGGUCGUGGACAGCACAAAGUCUAGCGUCUCUCUGGGCUGGACCAAGCCUGUGUCCGACGGUGGGGCUCCCAUCAUCGGAUACGUUGUGGAGUUGAGGCUGCAUGGAAGCGCCAAGAAAGGAGACGACGGCUGGAAGAGGUGCAACGUGGCGGCUCAGCUGGUGGUGUGCGAGUUCACCGUCUCCAGUCUGGACCAACAGAAUUUGUACGUGUUCAGGGUCUCGGCCCAGAACCAGGUCGGCAUGAGCCUGCCCUGCGAACUGGAGGCACCUGUGAUCCCCAAGGAGAUCCUAGAGGCUCCAGAAGUAGAUCUUGACGCAAACCUGAAGCAGGGCCUGUCGGUGCGAGCCGGCUGCCCCAUCAGGCUGUGCGCCACCGUCAGAGGCCGACCCCCUCCUACAGUUAGCUGGAGGAGGAUGGGCCUGGACAACGUGGCGAGGAAAGGGAAGGUGGACAUCAUCGACACCAUGACCUUCCUCAUCAUCCCCGACAGCACACGCAACGACUCGGGCAAAUACUGCCUGUCGGUGCGCAGCCCGGCGGGAGAGAAGGCCCUGUUCGUCAACGUCAAGGUUCUGGACACCCCGGGCCCCGUGAUGAACCUGGAGGCCACCGACAUCAAGCAGACCUCCGCCAAGCUGUCCUGGAGUCCUCCGGAGAUGGACGGAGGCAGCGAGAUCACGCACUACGUGGUGGAGAAACGCGAGAUCGACCGCAAGACGUGGGCGACGGUGAAGGCCGAGGUGGAGAAGGACAAGGUUCCCUUCAAAGUCAGCGGCCUGGUGCCCGGCUCCGAGUACUACUUCAGAGUCACGGCCGUCAAUGAGUACGGACCCGGGGUCCACAAAGUGAGCCCCACCUCCUACGUGGCCUCCGAUCCCGUCAGUAAGCCCGAUCCCUGCGAGAAGAUCGAGGUUCUGGAGAUCACCAAGAACAGCGCCAUGGUUGGCUGGGUGAAGCCGGCGAAGGACGGCGGGGCCAAGAUCGACGGCUACGUGGUUGAAUACAUUGAAGUGAAGCCUCCCCCCGAGCCCCCCGCACCAGUGGAGGUUGCAGAGGGUGAGGAGGCUCCUCCCCCACCUCCCCCUGAGGAGGAGGAAGAGGAUGAGGAGCCGGAGGAGGAGGUGUGGAGCGCCUACACCACGGUGAAGGGUCUGAGCAUCAGUAUCAGCGGCCUGAAGGAGAGCAAGAAGUACAAGUUCAGAGUCGCCGCCAAAAACGUAAUGGGCCAGAGCUCCUUCACCGAGACCCGCGAGGCCGUGGAGAUCAAGGAGCAGAUCCUGGAGCCGAAGAUCGUGAUGCCGGAGACGGUCAGUGCCAGAGCCGGAGCUAAGCUCAGGGUGGAGGCGCUGGUCUCAGGUAAACCCUCCCCGACCUGCAAGUGGAUGCGUGGCGAAGACGCCGUGGUGCCGUCCAGCCGUCUGGCCGUGCACAAGUCCGGGAACAUGUGCGUUCUGAUCAUCAAAGACGUGUCGAGGACAGACAGCGGCGAGUACAGCCUGGUGGCUGAGAACAUCUCCGCCAGGGUCGUGGAGUCCAUGAAGAUCAUCAUCAGAGACAUCCCCGGUCCUCCCGAGGGCCCGGUGGUGAUCAGCGACAUCGACGCGGACGCCUGCUCUCUGGCCUGGAACAAGCCGCUGGAGGAUGGCGGCAGCAACAUCACUAACUACGUGGUGGAGAAGUGCGACCUGAGCCGUGGAGACUGGGUGACGGCCACCUCUUCCGGAGGCCAGAAGACCAGCUGCCGACUCGGGAAGCUCAUCCCUGGGAAGGACUACGCGUUCCGCAUCCGGGCGGAGAACCGCUUCGGAAUGUCGGACCCCAUGCAGUCCGAAAGGAUGGUGGCCAAGUUCCCCUUCGAUGUUCCCUCGGAGCCGCUGGACUGCCGCAUCAACAAGUGCAACAAGGACUGCAUGUUCGUGGCGUGGGACAAACCGGAGACCGACGGCGGCAGCCCCAUCACCGGUUACUACAUCGAGCGCAAGGAGAGGAACAGCCUGCUGUGGGUGAAGGCCAACGACUGCGUGGUGCGCUCCAACGAGUACCCGUGUGCCGGCCUCAUCGAGGGCCUGGAGUACACCUUCAGGGUGUCGGCCAUCAACCGCGCCGGGCAGGGCAAACCCAGCAAGAAGACCGACUUUGUGACGGCCAGGACGCCUAUCGACACCCCGGGGAAACCCGAGGUUCUGGACGUCACCAAGAACUCUGUGGUUCUGGUUUGGACGCGUCCAAAGAACGACGGCGGCAGUAAGAUCAUCGGUUACUACGUGGAGACGCUGCGUCUGCCCGGAGACAUGUGGCUGCGCUGCAACACCAGCAGCCAGAACUGCCCGCGGGAGGAGUACACGGUGACGGGCCUGGAGCGGGACCUUCAGUACCAGUUCAGGGUCAUCGCCAAGACCACCGUUAACGUCAGCAAGACCUCCGAGCCCAGCGACCCGGUGCUCGUCUGCGCAGAGAGCGUGCCGCCGAGGGUGGAGCUCAGUGCCAAGAUGGAGAAGGGCGUGAAGGUGAAGGCGGGCUCUAGCAUCACGCUGGAGGCCCAGGUGUUCGGGAAGCCCAUGCCCCGAGUCACCUGGAAGAGAGGCGACGACAGCCUGAAGUCCGGUGAGGGCCUGGUCCUCACGCAACUCAGGAACCACUUCCAGCUGGACAUGACCUCCGUCAGCAGGGAGCACACAGGAGCCUACAGCAUCGUGGCUGAGAACGCCAGCGGCUCCAAGAGCGCCGAGGUCCCCGUGGUGGUCCUGGACGUGCCCGGCCCCCCUGCCAGUGCCCAGUACCUGGAGGUGUUCGCCCUGAACAUCAAGCUAACCUGGGAGCCCCCCCUGAAGGACGGCGGCGCCAUCAUCACCAACUACAUCGUGGAUAAACGUGAGACCAGCCGCGCCGAAUGGGCUCAGGUCUGCGCCAAAAUCCAUGCCGACGAGAAGGAGCUCGACGUCGGGAAGCUCAUCGAGGGCCGGGAGUACCAGUUCAGGAUCCGGGCCGAGAACACCUGGGGGGUCGGAGACUCUCUGGUUACUGGACCCGUCAUCGCCAAGAACCCCUACAAUGUUCCCGGCCCCUGCGAGGCGCCUUUGGUCACCAACGUGACCUGCGACCGCAUGACGGUGAGCUGGAAGGAGCCUGCGGACGACGGGAAGUCCCCCAUCGUGGGCUACAUGCUGGAGAAGAAGGAGGCCAAGGACCUGAACUGGACCAAGCUGGGCAGGAAGAUCCUGACCGAGCGAAGCAUCGACUACACCGGCCUGACCGAGGGCACCGAGUACGAGUUCAGGGUCAGCGCCGUCAACGAGGCCGGGCAGGGCAAGCCCAGCGAGCCGUCCGCCACCAGCACCGCACAGAACCCCAUCACUCCCCCUGGCCCCGUGGUGAACCCCACCAUGACCAACACCACCAACAGCACCAUCAGCCUCUCGUGGACGGAGCCCUCCAGCACCGGGGGAAGCCCCGUGCUCGGGUACUUGGUGGAGAGCAGGAAGGGCGAGGCCAAGGACUGGGUGCGCUGCAACGUGCCCAGGAACCUGCAUGACACCGCCUACACCAUCCAGAACCUGGAGCACCGCGCUCAGUACCAGUGCCGCGUCACCGCCGUCAACAAGGUCGGCUUCGGAGAGCCGGUGGAGGUCCCCGGGACACACGAGGCCAAGGACAUCAUCAUCCCCCCGGAGGCGGAGCUGAGUGCGGAGCUGAAGGCGGGUCUUGUGCUUACUGCCGGAUCCACCAUGAGGCUCCACGCCCUCAUCAAGGGCAGCCCGCCCCCCCGCAGCGUCUGGGCCAAGAUGAACACCAACAUCAAGGACCGGCAGGGCGUGGUGAUGAAGUCCUCACCCACCGACAGCCUGCUGCAGGUGGAGAACGUCAACCGCUACGACGGCGGAAAGUACAUCCUGAGCCUGGAGAGCACCUCCGGCAUCAAGAUGUACACCGUGGUGGUCAAGGUGUUCGACACCCCCGGCCCCCCCACCAACCUGACGGUGAAGGACUCAUGUAAGGACAACGCCAACAUCUACUGGGACCCCCCCCUGCUGGACGGAGGCCACGAGGUGACGCACUACAUCGUGGAGAAGCGUGAGACGGAGAGGAAGGCGUGGUCCAUCGUCAGCAGCGACAGCGCCAAGACGGCCCUCAAGGUCCCGGACCUGGACGCCGGGCGCUGCUACAUCUUCAGGGUCUCUGCCGUCAACGAGCUGGGGGUGGGCGAGAGCUGCGAGACCCCCGACGCCGUCAGAGCCUCAGAGGAGCCUGGCCCCGUCAUGGACUUCAAGACACUGCUGGUGACGAAGGACUCGUGCACGCUGAGCUGGAAGAAGCCUCUGACGGACGGAGGCAGCCGCAUCAUCGCUUACGUGCUGGAGGUGUCCCAAGGAGACGACUACAAGGAACUCAUGAGGUCCAAGAACAUGCAGUACAGCGGCAAGGACCUGGUGGAGGGCCGCGAGUACACCUACAGGGUGAAGGCCGUCAACGACUCGGGGGAGAGCGCCGUCAAGGAGCUCAGCGUGGUCGCCAAGGACCAGAUCAUCCUCCCCACCUGCGACCUGCGGGAGUUGCCCAACAUGUGCUACAUCGCCAAGGAGGGCAGCACGGUGCGCCUGAAGAUCCCCAUCAUCGGCAAGCCCACGCCUAAGGUCUCCUGGAAGAAGGGCGAGGAGGAGAACCUGACGGACACCGGCCGUGUCUGCGCCGAGUCCUCCGCCGUCAACACCACCCUCCUGAUCAGGGACUGCCAGCGCAGCGACGCCUCCAAGUACACCAUCAACCUGAGGAACAGCGCUGGGAGCAAGGAGAGCACCAUCUUCAUCAGGGUGGUGGGUAAACCCGGUAUCCCGAUUGGCCCCGUGAAGUUCAAGGACGUCAACGCGGACGCCGCCACGCUGAAGUGGGUCGCUCCGAAGGACGACGGCGGCUCUGAGAUCACCAACUACAUCCUGGAGAAGAGAGACUUUGUCACCAACAUGUGGGUGACGGUGUCCUCCGCCGUUGAGAGCAACGUGCAGCGGGUGACCAGCCUGCACGAGGGCACCGAGUACAUCUUCAGAGUCAGCGCUGAAAACAAGUACGGUGUCAGCGAGGGGCUCAAGUCCGACCCCAUCGUGGCCAAACAUCCCUUCAAUGUUCCCGAUGCUCCUCCUCCACCUCAGAUCUCAAGCAUGCGCCAUAACUCCGCCUACCUGUCCUGGAACGACCCCAGGAAGACCGGAGGGUCCCCCAUCACAGGCUACUUUGUUGAAUUCAAGGAGAGGAACAGCAUGUUGUGGAAGAGGGCGAGCCCCAGCGCCCUGAUGAUGAGGGAGCACAAAGUGAUGGGCCUGACUGAAGGACUUGAGUACGAGUUCAGAGUCAUGGCCGUCAACCUGGCCGGCAUCGGGAGGCCCAGCGCCCCCACCGACCCCCAGGUGGCCCUGGACCCCAUCGAUGCUCCUGGCAGACCCGAUGUUGUCAGCAUCACCAGAAGCACCGUCACCCUGCAGUGGACCGAGCCGCAGUCUGACGGCGGCCAUCGGCUGACCGGCUACAUCGUGGAGCGCCGCGACCUGCCCUCCAAGAUCUGGGUGAAGGCCAACCCCGUGAACGUGGUGGACCCGGCGUACACCGUCACCGACCUGCAGGAGGGCUGCAAGUACGAGUUCAGGAUCCGAGCCAAGAACUCGGCCGGAGCCCUCAGCCCCCCCUCGGAGCAGACAGACACCAUCAUCUGCGCCGACGAAUACGCUGCCCCGACCAUCAUCAUUGACUCUCAUGUGAUGGAGGGUCUCACCGUCCGGGCUGGAGACACCAUCGUGAUCACUGCCACCAGCAUUAUAGGCAAACCUGCGCCCACCUCCUGCUGGUCCAAGGGAGGAAAGUAUUUCAAACCCUCGGACCUGGUUAACAUCGAGACCACCGCCUCUUCCUCUACGCUGUCCGUGAAGUACGCCAGUAGGAAUGACUCCGGAGACUACAUCAUCACCGCCAGCAACCCCUUCGGAGUGAAGGAGGAGACGGUGAAGGUCAAAGUCCUGGAUGUUCCUGCAGUUCCUGGGCCCAUCGAGUGCAGCGGCAUUUCCUCUGAGAAGGUCACUCUCACCUGGACGGCCCCCACCACGGACGGAGGCUCCGCCAUCAAGUACUACACCCUGGAGAAGAGGGAGACCAGCCGCCUGCUGUGGACCAUCCUGGAAGAGAAGGUCCUGGACUGUCACUACGUGGCCAACAAGCUCAUCCAGGGCAACGAGUACUUCUUCAGAGUGUCCGCCGUGAACCAGUACGGAGCCAGCGAGCCGUCUCACUCCGAGGCCGUCAGGAUGGUCGAUAGAUUCGGUCCUCCCGGUCCACCUUCUAAACCGGAGGUUGGCAAAGUGGAUGGACAUUCAGCCACUGUGACCUGGAGGAGGCCGGCUGAGGAUGGAGGAAGUGAUAUUUUAGGGUACUGUGUGGAGAAGAAGGAGAAGAAGGGCAUGAGAUGGGUCAGGGCGUCCAAGAAGCCCAUCGUUGAGAUGAGCUACCAAUUGACCGGCCUCAUUGAGGGCAUGGAGUAUGAGUUCCGUGUUCUGGCGGAGAACAAAGCCGGCUACGGAGAACCCAGUGAGCCCUCAAUGCCUGUCAUAACCACAGUUAUUGCCUAUGUGCCCGGACCUCCAGUCAAUCCAAGAGUCACAGACACGACCAAUGCCACUGCCACUCUGAACUGGGGCAAACCCCUGGACAACGGAGGACUGGAGGUGGCUGGAUAUGUGAUUGAGCACAGGAAGGAAGGGGCAGAAGAAUGGGUUAGAGACACCCCCUCGUCUCCACUGAGGAUCACAGAGUUUGUUGUUCCCGGGCUGGAGACAGGUGCAAAGUACCACUUCAGAAUUAGCGCUGUGAACGCUAAAGGAGCCGGAGAGCCUGCUGAGACUCUGGAGCUAAUGGAGAUCGUAGAGCGUGAAACCGAACCUGGUUUGGAGCUGGAUAUGGAGCUGAGAAGAACCCUGGUCGUCAGGGCUGGCUGCUCCAUCCGCCUCUUUGUGCCUAUCAAGGGACGUCCUUCGCCCGCUGUCGCCUGGACUAAGGAGGGAGGUCCUGUCCUGCGGGCAGUCAUUGACAGCACCGAGUCCUUCACAAUGCUGAUCAUCCCUGAGAGCUCAAGGGUCGAUGCCGGUAAAUACGAGCUGACCCUGGAAAACUCUGCUGGAAAUAAAACUGCAGAUAUAAAUGUGAGAGUCCUGGAUUCACCUGGACCCCCACUCAACCUGAAACCUCUCAAGAUUGAAAAGGACAACAUCACUCUUCAAUGGGAGAUGCCUCUGAUCGAUGGUGGAGCCAAAAUCACCAACUACAUCAUUGAAAAGAGAGAAUCAACACGCAAGGCUUUUGCUACAGCUAUCACACAUUGCCCAACCACCUCAGUGAACAUCAGUGACCUGGGUGAAGGCUGUGAGUACUACUUCAGAGUGUCUGCCGAGAACGAGUAUGGCAUCGGUGAGUCGGUGGAGACGGCUGAUCCAAUUCGUGCAUCACAGGCACCAACGCCUCCACAGAGUAUCAUCCCUACUGAUAUCACCAAGACCUCUGUGAGCUUGGCUUGGACCAAACCCAAGCAUGACGGUGGAAGCAGAGUUACAGGAUAUGUCCUUGAAGCCAAGAAGAAGGGAACUGAUCAGUGGGCACACGUGACAGCAGUGAAGACCAUGGACUUCACAGUGAAGAGUCUUAAUGAGUUGGAGGAGUACUUCUUCCGUGUCAUGGCUGUCAACCACUCUGGUAGAAGUGCACCACAUGAGAGCAAAUCCAUCCAGGUCAAGGACUCUACCUCCCUGCCUGAGUUUGACCUGCGGGGUGUAUGUCAGAAAACUAUCAUUGCCAAGGCAGGAGACGACAUCAAGGUUGAAAUUCCAGUUAUGGGACGUCCUAGACCAACUAUUAGUUGGCAAAAGGAUGGCGCAACCCUGAAGCUUACACAGAGAACCAUCGUGGAAACUACCGCUGCUACUGUCAUUCUCAGCAUUGGUGAAUGCAACAGAGCUGACAGCGGGCUGUACACCAUGACAGGAAAGAACAUUGUUGGCUCUGUGACAGACAACAUCAUUGUCAAGGUUCACGAUGUACCCGGGCCCCCCAAGGGACCGAUUAACAUUGUGGAGAUAUCGCGUACCUAUUGUGUCUUUGCAUGGGACACUCCUGAGAAUGACGGAGGUGUUCCCAUCAACAACUAUGUGGUUGAAAUCAGAGACACAACUUCCCAAACCUGGACUGAGCUGUCCUCUGCUAUCAUUCGCACUGUGUUCAAAGCCAUUCGCCUGACCACUGGAUCAGAGUACCAGUUCAGAGUCAAGGCUAAGAACAGAUAUGGUGUUGGACCUCCCAUCACCUCAAAUGCUGUGGUGGCUGCCUAUCCAUUCAAAGUACCUGGUGCUCCAGGUACUCCAGGUGUUGUUGCAUUUACCAAGGACUCAAUCACCGUUGGAUGGAAUGAGCCUGUGGUUGAUGGUGGAAAUGAAGUGAUUGGUUAUCAUGUUGAGAGGAAAGAGAGAAGCAGCAUCGUAUGGCAAAGGAUCAGCAAGACUCUUGUCAAAGGAAACCUCUUUAAAACCAUCGGGCUUGAAGACGGUGCUGCCUAUGAGUUCCGCGUCAUGGCUGAAAACAUGGCUGGAAUUGGUAAGCCAAGCAAGGCCUCAGAAGCCAUCCUGGCCUUGGACCCUGUGGACCCUCCAGGUAUGCCUGAGCCCAUCUUUGUCAAUAAGAACGUCAUCACCAUUCAGUGGACAAAGCCCGAGUACGACGGUGGUUUCAAAAUCACCGGCUACACGGUGGAGAAGAAGGAACUGCCUGCUGGCCGCUGGAUGAGAGCCAACUUCACCAACAUCACAGAGACAGCCUUCACUGUCAGCGGACUGACUCAGGAUGCCUCCUAUGAGUUCCGUGUUAUAGCCAGAAACUCAGCCGGGGCAGUGAGCGUUCCCUCUGAUCACUCAGACCCAAUCACCUGCAAAGACGACAUCAUUGAGCCACGCAUUAUGGUUGAUGCCAUCUUUAAAGAUACUAUUCUGCUGAAAGCAGGAGAGUCCUUCAAGCUUGAUGCUGACAUUGCCGGUCAACCAACCCCAUCCAUGGUCUGGACCAAGAAUGGAAAGGACGUUGAGAACACGAUGAAACUGGACGUCAAAUUCACAGAACUGACAACCCUUCUGACCAACAAGGACUCUAUCAGAGCGGAUGGAGGAGAAUUUGUUUUGACUGCCACUAAUGUUGGUGGAUUUGCUAAGCACACCUUUAAGGUUAAAGUACUUGACAGACCUGGACCACCUGGAGGACCUCUGGAGGUGUCUGAUGUUACCGCUGACAACUGUAUACUCUCCUGGGCUCCACCUGCAGAUGAUGGAGGUGCCAAGAUUGACGGAUACGUGAUUCAGAAGCGCGAGUCAAGCAGACUCGUUUGGACCAAUGUGGUUUCAGACCUGCAAGUUACACAGUACAAGGUGACCAAGCUGCUCAAAGGAAAUGAAUACAUCUUCAGAGUUAUGGCAGUGAACAAGUAUGGAAUUGGCGAGUGUCUUGAUUCAGAACCCACCAUUGCAGACAACCCAUAUGUGGUUCCAGAGGCUCCAGAAAAUCCUGAGGUGACGGCUAUCACUAAAGAUUCAAUGUUUGUUAUGUGGCAGGCGCCUAAGAGUGAUGGUGGAACUCCCAUCACCAACUACAGCAUUGAAAGGAAAGACAGGAUAGGCCUCCGCUGGGUCAAAUGCAACAAGAGGAAGGUCAAAGAUCUCCAGUUCAAGGCAACAGGCCUUCUUGUUGGGCAUGAGUAUGAAUUCAGAGUUAUUGCUGAGAACAUUGCCGGACUGAGCCCGCCAAGUACCUCCAGUCCCUUCUACAAGGCCACUGAUGUGCUGUACGCACCCGGGGCCCCAUGCAACCCCAGAAUCUUGGACACAUCCAAGUCCUCGAUCACUGUGGCCUGGAACAAGCCUGUGUAUGACGGAGGCUCAGACCUCACUGGCUACAUUGUGGAGACCUGCAUCCCAUCUGAGAAAGAGGAAGAGGAAGAAUGGACAAUUGUGACACCCAAAGAAGGACUCCUUGCCACCUCAUUCACCAUUAUUAACCUGAAGGAGAACCAGGAGUACAUGAUUAACAUCUCUGCCAUCAACAGUGAAGGCCUUGGAGAGGCAGCAUCUGUACCUGGCAAUGCCAAGGCAGAGGACAGGCUCCUUCCACCUGAGAUUGAUUUGGAUGCUGAGCUCCGCAAGGUUGUCAGUCUGAGAGCUUGCUGCUCACUCAGACUGUUUGUGCCCAUCAGAGGCCGACCAGCUCCUACUGCUUCAUGGACCAAGGGAGAUGGGGAGCGUGUGGAGAGGGCAACCAUUGACAGCACAACAUCAUACACGUCACUUGUUGUUGAAAAUGUCAAUAGAUUUGACAGCGGAAAGUACAACCUUACAGUUGAAAACGAGUCUGGCUCCAAGACAGUUACAGUCCAGGUCCGUGUGCUUGACACACCAAGUGCCCCACAGAAUCUGAAGAUUACUGCUGUAACAAAUGAAUCUGUCACUCUUACCUGGGAGCUACCAGUGAAUGACGGAGGGGUUAAGAUUAAGAACUAUAUUGUUGAAAAACGUGAGUCCACAAGGAAAGCGUAUGCCACAGUUAACUCUAACUGCCAUAGCACCACCUUCACAGUAGGCCAGCUUCUGGAAGGAUGCAACUAUUACUUCAGAGUUCUAGCUGAGAAUGAAUAUGGCAUUGGUCUUCCCAUUGAGGCUGGUGAAUCAGUUAAAGUGUCUGAGAAACCACAGCCACCUGGCAAGAUCACUCUUAAGGAUGUCACCAAGACCACUGUCACCCUGGCCUGGGAGAAGCCAGUGCACGAUGGCGGCAGCAGAGUUGGCUGUUAUGUCAUUGAGAUCCAGCCCAAGGGUGAGGAUAAGUGGUACCCGUCUGGCAUUGUACAGGAAACAGAAGCUACUAUUAAGCUACUCAAUGAAGGUGAAGAGUACAUGUUCCGUGUAGCAGCAAGAAACGAGAAGGGAACAAGUGACCCACGUCAAAUCGGUGUGCCUGUGAUCUUAAAGGAUCUUGUGAUUGCACCUUCUAUCAAAAUGAUGUUCAACACAUUCAGUGUGUUGGCAGGAGAACACCUGACAGUAGAAGUCCCAAUAGUUGCACGUCCCAAAGCAGAAGUCUCCUGGGUUAAAGAUGGUGAACCUCUGAAGAGGACUACCAGAGUCAACGUUAGCGGAACUGAGACAAUGCUGAAGCUCAACAUAAAAGAAGCUACUAGAGAUGAUAUUGGAAAGUACCACAUCACGUUAAAGAACACAGCAGGAGAGGCAACAGCAGACAUCGGUAUUGUUGUACUCGACAAACCGGGUCAGCCUGGCGGCCCCGUUAAGGUAGAGGAGGUGACUUCUGGAAGUGUAACCAUCGCCUGGAGCCGACCAGUCUAUGACGGUGGUUGCACCAUCAAACACUACAUUGUGGAAAAGAGAGACACAUCCACAACUGCUUGGAUGGUUGUAUCUCCAAAUCUCGCAAGAACCAAAAUCAAGGCAGGCAGGUUGAAGACUGGCUCUGAGUAUCAGUUUAGAAUAACAGCAGAAAACAGAUAUGGAAAAGGCCCUGUUCUUCUCUCAGAGUGUAUUGUGGCUCAAUACCCAUACAAGCUCCCAGGACCCCCAGGAACACCAAACAUUGCAGUCUGCACCAAGGACAGCAUGGUGGUGGCCUGGAAUGAACCUGUGAAUGAUGGUGGAAGCGCAAUCUUAGGCUACCAUCUCGACCGCAAGGAGAGAAACAGCAUCAUGUGGGUGAAACUGAACAAGUCUCUGAUUACUGACCAAACCUUCAAGACCAGUGAUCUGGAACCAGGUAUGGAGUAUGAAUACAGAGUUUAUGCUGAAAACAUUGUUGGAAUAGGAAAAAUGAGCAAAGUGUCUGAGGGACGUAUUGCCAGAGAUCCUUGUGAUCCCCCUGGCACCCCAGAGGCGACAAAGAUCGGACAGGACUCCAUUACCAUCGUUUGGAAUAAGCCUGAAUAUGAUGGUGGUUCAAAGGUCACUGGCUACAUUGUGGAAAAGAAGGAGCUUCCUGAAGGUCGCUGGCUGAAGGCUAACUUCACCAACGUCAUUGAGACUGAAUACGUUGCAACUGGACUUGUGCAGGACAGCCAGUAUGAGUUCCGUGUUAUUGCCAGAAAUGCUGCUGGUGUUUUCAGUAUGCCCUCUUACAGCACUGGCCCCAUCACUGCCAAGGAUGAGAUUGAACCCCCACGCGUUAGCAUAGACCCAGAGUACACAAAGACUAUUGUGGUCAAUGCUGGAGACAACUUCAAGAUUGAUGCGGAUGUUCAUGGAAAACCAUUGCCCUCUAUCCAAUGGAUGAUGGGAGAGAAUGAACUGGGCAACACUAUUCAUAGAGAAAUUAAGAACACACCCACCAAAGCUUAUAUAUCUUUCAAGGAAGCCAAACUUACAGAUGGAGGCCAAUACAUUCUGCUGCUGAAGAAUCCAGGAGGAGAAAAAGCAGUAGAGGUCAAUGUUGUUGUUCUAGAUAAACCUGGAGAACCACAGGGACCUCUUGUAAUAACAGGAAUAACCAUAGAUCGGUGCUGCCUUUCAUGGAAACCUCCAGCGCAAGAUGGUGGCAGUAAGAUCUCUCACUACAUUGUGAAGAGGAGAGAGACAAGCAGGCUAGUCUGGACUGUUGUCGACUCAAAUGUGGAGACCAUCUUUUUGAAGAUUACUAAGCUGCUGGAAGGAAACGAGUACAUCUUCAGAGUCCAUGCUGUCAACCAGUAUGGGGUUGGUGCACCACUGGAGUCUGAUGCUGUCACAAUCAAGGAUCCAUAUGCAGCCCCUGGAACACCAAAGAGCUUGGAAGUUUCAGAUAUUAGAAAAGAUUCGAUGAUGCUGACCUGGGAGGCUCCUUCUGAGGAUGGAGGCAGUCCUAUCACCGGAUACAUCAUUGAGAAACAUGACAAGGAAGGUGUCAGAUGGACCAGAUGCAACAGGAAAACAGUCACUGACUUGACUUUCAAGGUCCCUGGACUCUUGGAAGGCCAUUGUUAUGAAUUCAGAGUUGCAGCUGAGAAUGCUGUAGGUGCUGGAGAGCCAAGCUCCCCGACUGUUUACUUCAGAUCUCUCGAUCCCAUCUUCAGGCCCGGCCCACCACACAAUCCAAAGGUGACGGACACAUCUAAAACAUCAGUGUUCCUGUCAUGGAGCAAGCCUGCCUGUGAUGGAGGCUGUGCCAUUGAGGGAUACAUUGUUGAGUGCUGCACCACCACCGAGUCAGCAUUGCCAGUGGAGGCUCCUGCUGAGGCCCCUGCUGAGGCCCCUGCUGCUGAGGCCACUGCCACAGAUGCCCCUGCCGAGCAAUGGACAAUGUGCACACCAGCCACUGGUAUCAAGAAGACAAAGUAUGAAGUUGAAAACCUGAAGGAAAACCAGGCAUACAAGUUUAGAGUUUGUGCUAUUAACAAAGUUGGAGUUGGUGAGCCUGCUGAUGUCUCUGGAGCUGUCGUGGCACAGGACAGGGCGGAGGAGCCAGACCUUGACAUUGACGCAGAACUGAGAAAGAUUGUGACCAUUAAAGCUGGAGCUUCCCUUAGACUGUUCAUACCCAUCAAGGGAAGGCCCACUCCUACCAUCACUUGGGACAAAGAUGAAGCUGCACUCAAGGAGACGGCUCAGGUCGAGGUGACCAGCAGUUACUCAUCCCUUGUCAUCGACAAGAUGAGCAGAAAUGACAGUGGAAAAUACACCAUCACUGCAGAGAACGCCAGCGGAAGCAAAUCUGCAUUUGUUGUUGUCCGUGUUCUCGACACACCUAGUGCUCCUGUUGCUUUGAAAGUGAAAGAAAUUACAAACCAGUCAGUCACACUGGAAUGGGAGCCACCUCUGUUGGAUGGUGGGUCCAAGAUCAAGAAUUAUGUUAUUGAAAAGAGAGAAAGUACACGUAAGACAUAUGCUGCAGUUGCAACAAAUUGUCACCAGCUUUCGUGGAAGAUUGAGCCGCUCCAGGAGGGCUGCAGUUACUACUUCCGAGUCCUUGCUGAGAACGGACAUGGUGUCGGCCUGCCUGCCACAACUGUUGACCCUCUUAAGGUCUCAGAGGUGCCCCAGACCCCAAAGAACUUGAUUGUUACAGAUCAGACCAAAACAAGCAUCUCUCUGGCCUGGGAGAAGCCAGAGUAUGAUGGUGGCAGCAGAGUGAUUCAUUAUCUGCUUGAGGUGCAGCUCAAGGGCCAGGAGAAGUGGAAUGGUGUUAACACAUUUAAGACAAUGGAGACUACUGUUACCAAACUGAACCCUGGAGAGGAGUAUCUGUUCAGAGUCACAGCAAUCAACGAUAAGGGAAAAAGUGACCCCAAAGUCCUUUCUGGUCCAGUGAUGACCACAGACCUAGUCUUUGAGCCUGAAGUUCGACCAGCAUUCAGCAGCUACAGUGUCCUUGUGGGCAAAGACCUAAAUGUUGACGUUCCCAUCUAUGGACGACCCAAACCAAAAGUCUUAUGGAGUAAAGAUGGGGCUUCUUUGAAGUUCACUACCAAAGUCAACAUUCUCAACUCACCAACACAUACAACACUGAGCAUUAAGGAGGCCACUGGUGAUGAUGGUGGCAUGUACAGUAUAAACCUUGUUAACUCAGCAGGAAAGAAGGACACAUCCCUUGAAAUCAUUGUACUUGACAAACCCGGCCCUCCAUCUGGCCCUGUGAGGUUCGAUGAAAUUACAACACAGAGUAUCACUCUUUCAUGGGAUCCACCAAAACACAAUGGUGGCUGCCAGAUUUCAAACUACAUUGUACAGAAGAGAGAUACUACUACCACAUCUUGGGAAAAUGUGAGCAACAACUGGGCAAGAACCACCAUCAAAGUGCCUAGACUGAAGACUGGAUCUGAGUACCAGUUCAGGAUCAUUGCCCAGAACCGCUACGGCAAGAGUCACGGUCUGGAUUCACCCGCCGUGGUCGCUAAGUACCCAUACAAAGAGCCAGGUCCAUCAGGCACCCCCUUCGUCUCCUCCCUCUCUCGGGACCACCAGAUUGUUGAGUGGAACGAGCCUGUCGUAGAUGGAGGCAGUCCUGUCCUUGGAUACCAUCUCGAGAGGAAAGAGAGGAACAGUAUUCUCUGGAUCAAGAUCAACAAGACACUAAUCCAUGAGCCUAUUUUCAAGAGUUACCCCUUGGAGGAGAGUAUUGAGUAUGAAUACAGAGUUUAUGCUGAGAAUAUUGUUGGCAUUGGAAGGUGCAGUAAGCUCUCAGAGGGCUGUGUUGCACGUGACCCAUGUGAUCCUCCUGGCACACCAGAGGCCAUCCAUGUGACCAAAGACACCAUCAUCAUCCAAUGGACUAAACCAGAAUAUGAUGGUGGCAGUAAUAUCACCGGCUAUACCGUGGAGAGGCGUGAUCUGCCAGAGGGCAGGUGGGUAAGGGCAAACUUCACUAAUGUGAUUGAGACCAAGUUCACUGUCACUGGUCUGACUGAAAAUGCCCAGUAUGACUUUAGAGUCAUUGCCAAAAAUGCUGUAGGCACCGUCAGUAAGCCAUCCUACAACAGUGGACCGAUCACUGUGAGCGAUGAGUUUGAGGCACCCAAAUUCUCCAUCGACCCUGCAUUCACCAAGACCAUCAUCAUCAAUGCUGGAGAGACAUUCAAGCUGGACGCAGAUGUCUCUGGCAAGCCAGCCCCUACAAUCCAGUGGUUCAAGGGUGAAAAACCAAUCGAGAAUACACUCAGACUGGAAAUAAAGAACACAGAAAACCAUGCCAUGAUUGUAAUUAAGGACUCUAUCAGAGUUGAUGGUGGAGAUUACACUCUUCAGCUGACAAACUGCGCUGGCAGUGAAACUGUUCCAUUCAAGGUGGUGGUCCUGGACAGGCCCAGCCAAUGUGAAGGACCCCUUCACAUCGCGGGAGUAGCUGAAGAUAGAUGCACACUGGCCUGGCGUGCCCCUCUACAUGAUGGAGGUAGUCCUAUUAAAAACUAUCUCAUCGAGAGAAGAGAGACCAGCCGCCUCGCUUGGACUAUUGUUUCUAACAGCUGUGAACACACAUGCUACAAAGUCACCAAUUUACUGGAAGGCAAUGAGUACAUGUUCCGUGUCAUGGCGGUUAACGGUUAUGGUAUCAGUGAACCACUGCUGUCUAGUGCAGCCAUUAUGAAGACUCCAUUUGUUGCUCCUGGUCAACCUCACAUGGAGGAAGUAACCAACAUUGCACAUGAUGGCAUGACCGUCUCUUGGUUAGCCCCUGACACCGAAGGAGGCAGUGAGAUUACCAAUUACAUUGUUGAAAAGAAGGACCGGCAGGGAAUCAAGUGGACUAGAUGCAACCGACAGAAGGUCACUGAUCUGUCCUUCAGAGUUACAGGCCUAACCUCUGCCCAUGAAUAUGAGUUCAGAGUCACAGCUGAGAAUGUUGUUGGAGCAGGAGUGCCAAGCCUCCCAACUCCAUACUACAAGGCCAGUGACCCCAAGUACAAACCUGGUGCACCGGCAUAUGUGAAUGUAAGUGACUCCACAAAGAGCUCUAUUUCAGUGUCCUGGGGUAAGCCACUGUCUGAUGGUGGCAGUGAAAUCCAAGGAUACAUUGUUGAAGUCUGCAAGGCUGAAGAGGAAGAAUGGACCAUGGUUACUCCCCCUACUGGCCUGCGUGUCAACAAAUAUGAAAUUACCAAACUGACUGAGGGUCAGGAAUACAAAAUCCAGGUGUGUGCUCUGAACAAACUGGGAGUUGGUGAGCCAGCAUCUCUUUCUGGAACAGCUAAACCAGAGGAAAGGGUGGAGCCACCUCUAAUCAUGCUCGACUCAGAGCUAAGGAAGGGCAUCAUCGUGAAAGCUGGUGGAUCUGUUAGAAUCCAUAUUCCAUUCAAGGGCAGGCCAACACCUGAGGUUCAGUGGACUAAGGAUGAGGGAGACUUGACUGAAAAAGUGGUGGUUGAGAAAGCUCUGAACUUCACACAGUUGUCCAUUGACUCAUGUGACAGGAAUGACUCUGGAAAAUACUCCUUGAGUCUGACCAACAGCAGUGGGACUGUGUCUGAGAUUGUUUCGGUUAAAGUCCUGGAUACACCCAGCGCCCCACUGAAACUCGCUGUUCAAGACAUUAGAAAGGACUCUGUCACUCUUGUAUGGGAGGCCCCACUGAUUGAUGGAGGUUCCAAAAUCAAGAACUAUGUCAUCGACAAACGUGAAUCAACCAGAAAGGCAUAUGCAAAUGUGUCAACAAAAUGCACAUCAACAACCUUCAAAGUGGACAACUUGGUUGAAGGUGCCUUGUACUACUUCAGAGUCAUGGCUGAGAAUGAUUUCGGAACUGGCUCUUCUAUUGAAACAAAGGCAGCUUUCAAGGCCUCCGAGGUACCAAUGCCUGUUGGAAAAAUCUCUAUCACUGAUGUCACCAAAGCCACAGUCUCUCUGGCCUGGGAGAAGCCUGAGCAUGAUGGAGGCAGUAGAAUAGGUGGCUACCUGAUUGAGAUGCAACCCAAGGGUACAGACAAGUGGGGAGUCGCAACAAAUACAAAGACAUGUGACGGCACAGUCAAAGGCCUCACAUCAGGAGCAGAAUACUUCUUCCAGGUCAUUGCUUACAAUGAGAAGGGAAAGAGUGAGCCAAUUGCUCUUGCUGCGCCCAUUGUUGCCAGUGACAUGACCAUGGAGCCAAGCAUUAAGAUGCAAUUCAACACCUACAGUGUGUUAGCUGGAAAAGACCUGAGGUUGGAGUUCCCGUUGCUUGGCAGACCCAAACCUCAAGUAUCCUGGACCAAGGACGGUCUGCCUUUGGCUGGGACAUCAAGAGUCAAUGUGAUAAACACACAAACAAUAAUUGGAAUUCAAAUUACUGAAGCAUGCAAGGAAGACUUCGGCAGAUAUUCCAUCAAAGCAACCAAUAAUGUCAACACCAUCAAUCAGGAUUUGUCUAUAAUUGUCCUUGACAAGCCUGGUCCUCCUAAAGGUCCGGUGAAGGUUCUAGAAGUGAGCAACACCUUUGUCCACCUCGCAUGGGAUCCACCAGAGUACAUGGGUGGAUGCCAGGUAAAGAGCUAUGUCGUGGAAAAGAGAGACACCACCACCCAAACAUGGCAGUCAGUCACCACACAGCUUGCAAGAACAGCAAUAAAGAUCCCUAAGCUGAAGACUGGUGCAGAAUACCAGUUCAGAAUCAUAGCUGAAAACAGAUAUGGAAAGGGUUCAUCCCUGGAUUCAAAGUCCAUCGUGGUUCAAUACCCAUACAAACCACCAGGGCCUCCAGGAACACCACAUGUCCAAUCUGCAACAAAGGAAAUGAUGAUCAUUGAGUGGAAUGAGCCUGUCAAUGAUGGUGGAAGUACGGUCGUUGGGUACCAUCUAGAAAGCAAGGAGAGAAGCAGCAUCAUGUGGAACAAACUGAACAAGACUCUUAUCACUGAUACUCAGUUCAAGAUCAGCAAUCUUGAGGAGGGUAUUGGAUAUGAAUUCAGAGUGUAUGGUGAAAAUAUUGUUGGCAUUGGCAGAUGCAGUAAAGCGUCUGAGUCCUUUGUUGCUCGUGACCCAUGUGAUCCUCCUGGUGCUCCUGAAGCCGUUUCUAUCUCUAAGACCAUCAUAAAGAUUCAGUGGACCAAGCCUGAGUAUGAUGGUGGCAGCAAAGUGAAUGGAUAUAUUGUGGAAAGGAAAGAUCUUGCCUCCGAUGAGAAGCGCUGGGUCAGAGCUAAUUUCACAAAUAUAGUGGAGACUGAGUACACCGUCACUGGCCUGACUGAGAGCGAGCAAUAUGAAUUUAGAGUUACUGCAAGAAAUGCAGCCGGAGUCUUCAGCGAGCCAUCCGACAGCUCUGGACCUAUUACUGCUACUGAUGAAAUUGAACCACCAAGGGCCUCAAUGGAUCCCAAAUACAAGGAUGCCAUUGUUAUCAAUGCAGGUGAACACUUGGUUCUUGAUGCAGACAUAUAUGGAAAACCAUUUCCUGAUGUUGCCUGGCUAAAAGAGGGUAAGGAAAUGCCAAAAGCCCUGCGCAUUGAAGUGAAGACUACACAGAAACGUACAGCCAUUACGAUUAAAGAUGUCACCAAGCUUGACAGUGGCCACUAUGACCUCGUCCUCAAAAAUGCAGGCGGCACAAAAACCUUCCCUAUCACCGUCAAAGUCCUUGAUAAACCAGGUCCACCCCCUGGACCCAUGACAGUGACAGGAAUCAUGUCUGACAGGUGCACCCUUGCCUGGUCUGAACCAACUCUAGAUGGUGGGGCUAGCAUCACUCACUAUAUCUUGGAGAAGAGAGAGACCAGCAGGUUGUCCUGGACAGUAGCUGCACAGAGUGUUAAGGGUACAUUCUAUAAACUAAAAAAUCUGCUCACUGGAAAUGAAUACAUUUUCAGAGUCAAGGCAGUCAACAAAUAUGGUGUUGGAGAUUGUCUUGAGAGUGAACCCAUCAUUGCACGCAAUCCUUACAAGCCCCCCAGUGCUCCUGGAACUCCAGAAGGAAGUCAGAUUACAAAGGACUCUAUUGUUCUGAAUUGGACUCCUCCAGAGCAGAGUGGUGGAGCUGAAAUUGACACCUUCCACCUUGAAAAGCGUGACAAGGAUAGUGUAAGGUGGACAAAAUGCAACAGACAACAGCUGACCGACAACCACUUCAAGGUCACGGGUCUGAUGACGGACCACUUCUACGAGUUCCGUGUUGCAGCUGAGAACGAGGCUGGAAUGGGAGACCUCAGUGAGUUGUCCCUGCUCUACAGAGCUUGUGAUUCCCUCACACCACCUGGACCUCCACAUCAUCCUAAGGUGACAGACUACACCAAGUCUUCUGUGUCCCUGACCUGGGGCAAAUCUGACUUUGAUGGUGGUGCCUACAUAAAGGGUUACAUUGUGGAAAUGCGGGAGUACACGCCAGAGCCUGAAGAAGACGAGGAGGCAGAAGUAGCGCCAGCCAUAGAGGCACCAGUUGUAAAGGAAUGGACCAUGUGCACUCCACCCACUGGCACACAAGCCACUAAGCUCACUAUCACAGACGUGAAGGAAGGUGGAGAGUACCAGUUCCGUGUCUGUGCCAUCAACUCAGAGGGAGUGGGCGAGGCUGCUAGCGUCCACGGUACUGUGGUCACUUCUGACCGGGUGGAAGCGCCAGAGAUUGAGCUGGACGCUGAUCUCAGAAAGGUGGUUUCUGUCCGUGCAGGAGGAACUCUGCGUCUGUUCGUUGCCAUUAGAGGACGGCCUGAACCUUCCGUGAAGUGGGAGAAGGUUGAUGGUGCCCUCACCGACCGUGCUGCUAUUGACACCACCAGCUCUUACACCAUGCUUGUCAUUGACAAUGUUAACCGCUUUGACAGUGGAAAAUACUCACUGACACUGGAGAACAGCAGUGGUGAAAAGUCUGCCAUUGUUGCAGUGAGAAUUCUGGACACACCGAGUGCACCACAAAGCUUCGCAGUUAAGGAGCUCAAGAAGGAUUCAGUGACUCUUGCCUGGGAUACACCCCUCACUGAUGGAGGCUCUAAAAUCACAAACUACAUUGUUGAGAAGAGAGAGUCUGUCAGGAAGGCAUACACUACUGUCACCAGCAACUGCUUGACAAACUCAUUCAAGAUUGAGGAAUUGCCUGAAGGUGGCAUUUUCUACUUCAGAGUCUGUGCCGUUAAUAAAUAUGGCCAGGGACAGGCGGUAGAAACCAAAGAAAUCAAGGUGUCUGAGGUACCGCUGCCACCGAACAAGGUUACUCUUGUAGAUCAGACUAAGACCAGUGUGACUCUGGUAUGGGACAAACCUGCUCAUGAUGGUGGAAGCAAAGUCAUGUGCUAUAAUGUAGAAUUCAUGCCUAAGAGUGGAGAUAAAUGGGGCACAGCGUGCACGGUCAAGGUGACUGAAGCUACCGUUCCUAAUCUGAGUCAUAAUGAAGUCUAUCUAUUCAGAGUGAUUGCAAUCAAUGAAAAGGGAAAGAGCGAGCCAAAGGAUCUUGGCUUGCCUGUGGUUGCAAAGGAUGUUGCAAUUGAACCAUCCCUCCACUUACUGUUUAACACAUACAGUGUGAAGGCUGGAGGCGACCUCACCCUCGAGGUUCCAGUGAGAGGCAGACCAAAGCCUGUUGUAUCCUGGAAGAAGGACGGCCUUCCUUUGAAGCAAACAUCGGCAGUGACCAUCCUGAACACCGCAACCUCAUCCAAAAUUAUCCUCAAAGAAGCUUGCAGAGAACAUGUUGGCAAGUAUGAGAUCACCCUUGCAAACACAGGAGGAACUGUCACAGCAGACAUUGGAGUGGUUGUCCUUGAUAAACCAAGUCCACCUAAAGCUUUUAAUUUGGAUGCAGUGACAUCAGACAGCAUCACACUGUCCUGGUCUCUACCAGAGUAUGAUGGUGGCUGCUCCAUCAGUAACUACAUUGUAGAGAAGAGAGACACAAACACACAAGAAUGGCAGAUGGUCGCAAGUAAUGUUGCUAGAACAUCUUUCAAGGCUGGCCGCCUGACACAUGGAGCAGAAUACCAAUUCCGCAUCUAUGCUGUCAACCGUUAUGGCAAGAGUGGAUAUCUGGAUACACCGGGAAUCACUGCUCAGUACAACUUCAAACAGCCUGGACCUCCCUCUACACCUAUUGUGAAGUUGGCCACCAAGUCCUACAUGCUGGUGACCUGGAAUGAGCCAGUCAAUGACGGCGGCAGCCCUGUUGUGGGCUACCACCUGGAGAGGAAAGAGCGCACUAGCAUCAUUUGGUCAAAGUUGAAUAGAGGAAUGAUCAAAGAAACAGAAUACAAAGUCAAUGGCAUUGAAGAAGGCAUGAUGUAUGAGUACCGUGUCUAUGCUGAAAAUAUUGCUGGCAUUGGUAAAGUCAGCAAGGCCUGUGAAGCUGUAGCAGCCAGAGAUCCAUGUGAUCCUCCCGGCACACCUGAGGUCACUGCUGUCACCAGAACAUCUGUCACCUUGUCCUGGGAGAAGCCAGAGUAUGAUGGAGGAGCCAAGGUUACUGGCUACAGCAUUGAGCGCAGAGAUCUUCCAGAAGGACGCUGGACCAGAUGCAACUUCACCAAUGUGCCUGAGACCCACUAUGACGCGACAGGCCUUACAGAGGACAGCCAGUAUGACUUCCGGGUCAUUGCUAAGAAUGCAGCUGGAUUGUUCAGUGGACCGUCAGACACCACCGGUCCCAUCACUGUCAAGGCAGAUGUAGAUCCACCAAGAAUAAUGAUUGAUGUCAAGUACAGAGAAUCAUUGCUUGUGAAAGCAGGAGAGACUCUGAAGAUUAACGCUGACCUUGCUGGACGUCCCGCCCCUCUCAUUUCCUGGACCAAGGAUGGCAAAGAGAUUGAGCUGAGAGCCAGGAUCCAGAUAGUUUCAACAGAUACCAGCACUAGCCUCAUUGUGAAGGACAGCGUCAGAAGAGAUUCUGGGCAGUAUGUUCUCACUCUGAAGAAUAUUGGUGGCACAGUCGCCGUGCCAAUACACUGUGUGAUUCUGGAUAAGCCUGGACCGGCAGCAGGACCUCUGCAGAUCACAGGUCUCACAGCCCAGGCAUGCGAUCUGUCCUGGGGUCCUCCUCAGGAAGCCGGCGGGGCUGACAUCACACAUUAUGUUGUUGAGAAGCGUGAGACCAGCCGUUUGGCCUGGACAGUGGUGGAGGGGGACGUCACAAAAACAUACCUCAAAGUCACAGGACUGCUCAAGGGCAACGAAUACAUCUUCAGGGUCUUGGCUGUCAACAAGCACGGCCGUGGAGAGACUCUGGACAGUGAUGCUGUGAUGAUUACAGAUCCAUACACAUUUGCCUCUGCUCCAACUGGUGUGGAUGUCACUGACAUUACUGGAACUACAAUGACCCUCACCUGGUGCAAGCCAGCCAGCAAUGGAGGCAGCCCCGUCACUGGAUACGUGAUUGAGCGCCGUGAGAAGACCGGCAUGCGUUGGGUCCGUGUGAACAGAGAUCUAGUUGUUGAAUGUACCACAGUAGCAACCAAACUGCGCAAGGGUUGUGAGUACGACUUCAGAGUCUUAGCUGAAAACGCUGCUGGUCUGAGUCCUCCCAGUGAACAAUGCGCCACAUUCAGAGCCUUGGAUGCUCUGGUUGUUCCCUCUCGCCCAACCAAGCCGAAGACGGUGACUUCAAAUAAGGACAGUGUGUCCAUCGUCUGGAAACCACCACGAGAUGAUGGCGGCGCUCCUGUCCUUGGAUACACUGUAGAAUACAGAGAGUACGUCCACAAACCAGAGCCAGAGGUGCCAGAAGAAGAGGAGGAAGAAUAUGAGUAUGAGGACGAGGAAGACGAGGUACCUGAAUCCCCAGAGGAACUGGCAAGAUGGGUUGAAGCCAUCCCUCUUACCAAGAGCUUGGAGUUCACCAUCAGCGGACUGAAGACAGAUACAGAAUAUGAAUUCUGUGUCAAGGCAAUAAACAAAGUUGGCAGCAGUACAUGCAGCCUGUACUCAGAUCCGGCUACAGCCAUGGACAGAACCACAGAGCCAUCGUUUGACGUUGACAUUGAGCUGCGUAAAGUACUCAUGGUCAAGCAUGGAACAGCAUUCACUCUCAAGGUACCAUUCAAGGGCAAACCUGUGCCGUCAGUGGCGUGGGCCAAGGAGGGUGUUGAUCUGAAGAUCAGAGGAACCAUUGAAUCCACAGAGUCCAGUACUUCACUCACCCUCGAGAAGGCCACCAGGAAUGACUCGGGCGAAUACUGCGUUACUAUUGAAUCCUCGCUGGGAACAGCAACAUUGCCCAUGGUGGUCAAGGUGCUGGACUCUCCUGGACCCCCGGUCAAUGUCAAAGUGUCAGCAGUUACCAGGGACUCUGCGACCCUCAACUGGGAAGCUCCAGAGAACGAUGGUGGGGAUGCGGUGAAGGCCUACUACGUUGAAAAACGAGAGGCCAGUAAGAAGGCUUGGGUCACUGUGACCAGCAACUGCCACGUGCUAACAUACAAGGUGGAGGACCUGCAAGAGGGCGCCAUGUACUACUUCAGAGUCAUCGGGGAGAACGAGCACGGUUUGGGCGUCUCUCAGGAGGCCAAGGCUGGAACCAAGAUCACAGAGGUGCCAAGCAUUCCUACGAAACUUGGAGUUGCAAACGUCACCAAGGACAGCGUAACGAUUGCCUGGACACGUCCAGAGUACGACGGCGGCAGCAGGGUCACGGGUUACCUAAUUGACGCCCUGGAGAAGGGACAGACCAAGUGGGUGAAGUGUGCCACGGUAAAGACCCUCAACCACACCAUCAAGAGCCUGAGGGAGUGUGGCGAGUACUACUUCAGAGUGCGUGCCGAGAACCACGCCGGCCUUAGCGAAGCCAAGGAGAUGAUCGUGCCCGUCAUCGUCAAGGAAAUACACGAGGCUCCAGAGUUUGACCUGAAGAACUACCCUAAGAACACGGUUUAUGUGAAAGCUGGAUCGGACCUGACCUUCGAGCUUCCACUCAGCGGCAGGCCCACUCCCAAGGUCACCAUGUCGAAGAACAACAUACAGAUUAAGGCUUCCAAGAGGCUGCUGACGGAAGUCACCCCCGACAGUCUGAUCAUCACCCUGAACGAAAGCAUCUCCAGCGACGCCGGCAGGUACGAAGUCACCGCCUCCAACGCUGGUGGCACCACCAAGAUCUUCCUCAUCUUCGUGGUCCUGGACCGCCCCGGGCCCCCGAUUGGCCCGGUGGAGGUGGGAGAGGUUGGCGAGACCACAGUCUGUCUGAAAUGGGCGUGUCCCGAGUACGACGGCGGCAGUCCCGUCACCAACUACACCGUCAUGAGGCGUCAGACCAGCACCCCCAACUGGACCGAGGUGUCCACCAGCAUCGCUCGCAGCGCCAUCAAGGCCAACAAGCUCACAAAGGGCGAGGAGUACCAGUUCAGGAUCAGGGCCCAGAACCGCUAUGGCCUCAGCGACCACAUCGACACCAAGCCCAUCAUGAUCAAGCUGCCGUACACUUUCCCUGGGCCUCCUUCCACGCCGUGGUUCAGCUUCGUGUCCCGCGAAAGUCUGACGGUGUGCUGGAACGAGCCCGUCAACGACGGCGGAAGCACGGUGAUCGGAUACCACGUGCAGAUGAAGGAGAGGAGCAGCAUCCUCUGGCAGAAGGUCAACAAGACGGCCAUCUCCGGAAACCAGUGGCGCGUCACCAACAUAUGCGCCGGACUCAUCUACGAGUUCAAGGUGUCUGCGGAGAACGCCGCCGGCAUCGGGAAGAUGAGCAAGACCUCGGAGGAGGUGCUGGCCAUUGACGCCUGCGAGCCCCCGGCUAACGUGCAUGUCACCGAGGUGACCAAGAACUCUGUGAGCCUGGCGUGGCAGCGGCCUCCGUACGACGGCGGCAGCAAGAUCACAGGUUACAGCGUGGAGCGGCGCGACACUGGAAGCGGCCGCUGGGUGAAGGCCAACUUCACCAAUAUCAUCGAGAUGGGCUUCACCGUCUCCGGCCUCAACAAGAACGAGGCCUACGAGUUCAGAGUUUACGCUAAGAACGCCGUGGGCUCCGUCAGCAACCCGUCGCUCAACGCCGGCCCCGUCACCUGCGUGGAUACCUGCGGCGCCCCGGCCAUCGACCUCCCUCCGGAGUUCCUGGACGUGGUUCAGUACAAAGCCGGGUCCUCUGUGAAGCUGUGGGUGGGCAUCGUGGCCCAGCUGCUGCCCAGCAUCGAGUGGCUGAAGGACGGGAAGGAGCUGCUGCUAACCUCCAAGCUGUCGGUGGAGAGCACCACCGACUCCACCACCAUUCUCAUCAAGGACGCCGCGCGCACCGACAGCGGAUCCUAUGAGAUCAAGAUCAAGAACAUUCUGGGCUCAGCGACCGCCAACAUCAGGAUCCAGAUCCUCGACAAACCCGGACCCCCAGCCGGCCUCAUCAACUUCAACUCCGUCACGGCGGACAAGAUAAUGUUCAGCUGGGAGCCGGUGCCCGAGCCGGACCAGGGAGGCUUCCCAGUGACGCACUACAUCGUGGAGCGACGUGAGACCAGCCGCCUGGUUUGGUCCACCGUGUCGGACUGCCAAGAGGAGGCCUACGCCUGCGUUGGGAAGCUGGUGCGUGGAAAUGAGUACGUGUUCCGCGUCAUGGCCGUGAACAAGUUCGGAGUGGGAGAGGCGCUGGUGUCAGAGCCCGUCAUCGCCAAGAACGCCUUCGUGACUCCUGGGCAGCCUCACACUCCCGAGGUGAACACCAUCACCAAGACCACCAUGUUGGUGGAGUGGAACAAACCGGGGAUGGACGGCGGCAGCACGGUGACCGGAUACUACCUGGAGAGGCGUGACAAGAAGAGCCUGCGCUGGAUCCGGGUUUACAAAGAGGCGAUCGCAGACAUCAAGAAGAUGGUGUACCACCUGACAGAAGGAAACCAGUACCAGUACCGAGUGUGUGCCAUCAACAGGGCCGGAGAGGGACCGUUCUCUGAAGUUUCCGACAACUACAAGGCUGCGGACCCUGUUGAAACUCCGGAUGAGCCUUGCAAGCUGAAGGUUGUUGACUCCACCAAGACCUCUAUCACCUUGGGCUGGUCCAAGCCAGAAUGGGACGGCGGCAGUGAGGUGAUCAGCUACAUGCUGGAGAAGCUUGUUGAGGGAGAAGAAGAGUGGGCCAUGGUCACUGCCAAGGGAGAAGUCAAGACCACUGAGUACAUCGUCCACGACUUGAAACCAGACGUCAACUACUUCUUCAGGGUCUCAGCUGUGAACUGUGCCGGCCGUGGAGAAUCUCUAGAGAUGACCGAGGCUGUGCAAGCUAAAGACAUCCUGGAGGAGGCCCAAAUCGACCCCGACGUGGCCAUGAGAAGUCACUACAUCGUGAAGGCCGGUAAGGAUGUGGAGCUGUCUGUUCCUCUGAAGGGCCGACCAGCUCCCACCGCUUCCUGGAGCAAAGGAGAGGAAUGCAUCGACAGUAACCCCAAAUACGAGUUCCACCACUCCGACAACACCACCGUGCUGGUGAUGCGUGAGGUGACCAGGCUUGACACUGGGAAAUACACAGUGAAGAUAGAGAACAGUGUGGGAGAGCCAAAAACGCUGACCCUGUCCGUGAAGGUCCAGGACACCCCGGCUCAGUGCAGGAACCUGGUCCUGAAGGACGUGACUCGUGGAAAGCUCACUCUCUGCUGGGAGCCUCCACUCCUCGACGGUGGUGCUGAGAUCACAAACUACAUCGUAGAGAAGAAGGACUCCUCCAAGAGGAUCUACUCUGCAGUGACCAGCAAAUGCACAGAAACAACAUACUCCCUGGAAGACCUCUCUGAGAAGGCCUCCUACUUCUUCCGUGUGAUGGCGGAGAAUGAGAAUGGCGUUGGCGAUCCCUGUGACACCCUGGACCCUGUGAAGGCCACAGAGACUCCUGGCCCGGUCAAGGAGGUUUCUAUGAAGGAUUCUUCCAAGACCUCGGUCACCCUGCAGUGGCUGAAGCCAGAUUACGAUGGUGGCAGCAUCAUCUCCGAAUACGUCAUUGAGCAGAAGCUGAAGGACGAAGAAUGGUCUCUGGGAGGAACCAGCCGACAGUGCGAGCUUGAGGUGAAGAAACUGAAGGAGCACUCCACAGUGUUCUUCAGAGUGGCGGCCAGGAAUGAUAAGGGACAGGGAGACUUUGUUGAGAUGGGUCCUAUCCAGGUCAUCGACUACAUUAUCACGCCUGAGGCCUGCCUUGCUGAGUACCCUGGAAGCCGCAUCAGUGUCCGUCUGGGUCACAACGUCCACAUCGAACUGCCCUACAAAGGUAAACCCAAACCUGCCAUCUUCUGGCUGAAGGACAGCCUGCCUCUAAAGGAGAGCGACCAGAUCCGCUUCAAGAAGACGGAGAACAAAGCCACGCUGAAUAUUAAGAAUGUGACGAAGGAGAAUGAAGGUAAAUACACCCUGACCCUGGACAACAGGGUCAACAGGAGAUCCUUCAACAUCAACGUCAUCACGCUCGGACCGCCAUCCAAGCCAAUUGGUCCCAUCCGCCUGGAUGAAGUGAGAGCUGAGAGCAUCACGAUCUCCUGGGAUGAACCAAAUGACGAUGGCGGCGGAGACAUUGCUUGCUACACCGUUGAGAAGAUGGACACCUCCCAGUCUGACUGGAAGAUGGCCUGCUCCAGUGUCGAGGACACCCAGUACCAGAUCGCUAACCUGAUCAAGGGCAUUCAGUACCAGUUCAGAGUGCGUGCAGAGAACAGAUACGGCAGCAGUGAGCCUCUCGUCUCACAGAGCGUCAUUGCCAAGCACCAGUUCAGGCCUCCAGGCCCGCCCGGUAAACCCGUGGUGUACAAUGUUACCAACGACGGCAUGACCAUCCAGUGGGAGCAGCCCAUCUACGACGGGGGUUGCCCCAUCCAUGGCUUCAAUGUGGAGAAGCGCGAGAAGAACAGCAUCAUGUGGCAGAAGGUGAACACCGUGCUGGUCAAAGAGAUGGACUUCAGGAUCCUGGAGCUCAUCGAAGGUCUUGAGUACUCCUUCCGGGUCUACGCCCAGAACGACGCCGGCUGCAGCCGAAUGAGUGACCAUAGCAAGUUGAACAUGGCGGUCAGCCCUGUCGAUCCUCCGGGCCAGCCCGACUACACCGAUGUGACCAGUGACUCGGUGACUCUGAAAUGGGAUGCACCCAAACGUGACGGUGGCAGCAAGAUCACCAGCUACAGCCUGCAGAAACGCCAAGGCAAGGGCCGCUGGUUCAAGGCCAACCUGACUGACGUGCACGAAUGCGAGUAUACCGUCACCGGCCUGGCACUGAACGAGCGCUACGAGUUCAGAGUGACGGCCAGGAACGCCAUUGGCGUGGUCAGCCCUCCCUCCAACUCCUCAGGCUUGAUCGUGGUCAGAAACGAGAAUGCUUCUCCGUUGAUUGAGUUUGGUCCGGAGUACUUUGAGGGUUUGACAGUGAAGGCAGGAGACAAGAUCCGGCUGAAAGCCACCAUCACCGGACGCCCUACCCCUAAAGUGGUCUGGUUCAGAGACGGUGUGUUGGUUACCAAACAGAUGAUGGACAUCAUCAACGUGGCUGGAUCCAGCACGCUGUUUGUCCGGGACGCUGAUCGUACACACCGCGGUCUCUACACCGUGGAGGCUACCAAUGGAUCUGGAAACAGAAAGCAAGACAUCCUUGUUCAAGUCCAAGACACCCCCGGGGAGCCGGUGGGACCCAUGACCUUCAGCAACAUUUCGGAAGGAAAGUGUACGCUGUCCUGGAGCGAGCCGGAGAACGACGGCUGCUCAGAGAUCACACACUACCUCAUUGAGAAGCGUGAGACUGCCAAGAUCUCCUGGGCAUUGGUCACUGACGAGUGGACAGAGUGCACCUUCCAUGCUAGCAAGCUCAUCAAGACCAACGAGUACCAGUUCAGGGUCUCUGCUGUGAACAAGUUCGGUAUGGGCAGACCUCUGGAGUCCACUCCCGUCAUUGCACAGAUGCAAUACACUGCUCCUGAAGCUCCUGGCACUCCUGAUGCUACGGAGGUGACCGGUGAAAGCAUCACGCUGUCCUGGAUGGCUCCUACCUCUGAUGGAGGUAACCCCAUUCAGUCCUACAUCGUGGAGAAACGAGAGAAGAAGACUGUCAAGUUCUACAAGGUGAUCACCAAGAAGCCCAUUAUAGAGUGCGCCCACAAGGUGCCCAACCUGACGGAGGAUAUGGAGUACGAGUUCCGCGUCAUGGCCGUCAACGACGCCGGCGUGGGAGCUCCCAGUAACGUUUCCUUACCGAUCAAAGCCGCCGAGCCCAAGGACAUUCCCUGUGCUCCGUCUGUGGUGUGUGUGUCCGACUCCACCAACACCUCCAUCAGCCUGGAGUGGUCCCGACCUGCCGAUGAUGGUGGCAUAGAGAUCAUGGGUUACAUUAUUGAGAUGGCGAAGGGAGAAGAAGAGGAAUGGACGAGAGUAAACGAAGAGCUCGUGGCAGAGACAAACUACACAGCGACUUCUCUACAGACCGGCGGCGAGUACAGGUUCAGAGUGGCUGCCGUAAAUCACAUUGGCCGUGGCGAGGAGCGGGAGAUCCCCGAGCCAGCACAUGCCGUUGAGAGGCAAACGCCACCAAUGGUGGACAUCGACGCCAGCUUCAGGCAGACACACAUCGUCAAACCUGGAGCUUCAGUUAACCUUGGCGUUAACUUCAGAGGAAAGCCAGUCCCAACGGCUACCUGGGUAAAGGAAGAAGGAGAGCUGGGAGUCAAGUCAGAGGUCACAAGUUCAGACGGCUUCAGUUCUCUGAGCAUUGAGAACUGCUCCAGGAACAAUACCGGCAAGUACACCGUGACCCUGGAGAAUGCCACUGGCAGCAAGGCCGUCACCUUUACUGUGAAGGUGAUGGACACGCCCGGACCUCCGCAGGCCGUGGCCUUCAAGGAGAUCUCUAGAGGCACCGUCACCCUCGUCUGGGAGCCUCCUCUUAAUGAUGGCGGAGCGAGAAUCCAUCACUAUGUUGUGGAGAGGCGCGAGGCUAGCCGCCGCACAUGGACACAGUCUGGAGGCAACUGCAAGCAGCACAUCCUGAGGAUCCAGGACCUCCUGGAAGGAGUGCCGUAUUUCUUCAGGGUCUCAGCAGAGAACCAGCAUGGCAUGGGCGAGGCCUUUGAGAUAACCAAUCCCAUCAUCGCCACGGCAGAGCCGGCGUCUCCAAAGAGGAUGGACAUCCUUGACACUACUGACAGCACCGUGGUGCUGGGCUGGCUGAAACCAGAGCAUGACGGCGGCAGCCGCAUCCAGGGCUACAUCAUUGAGGCCAAGGCAAAGGAUGGAGACAAAUGGAUGGUGGUGGGCAAUACCACCAAUCUCACCUACACGGUGGAGAAGCUCAACAAGGGAGACGAGUAUAACUUCCGUGUGAAGGCCAAGAACGAGUCCGGCUGCAGCACGCCGAGGGAAACUCUGGUGGCUGCUCUGGUAAAAGAGCCGCACAUUGAACCCGCUGCCGACCUCAGCGAGAUCCCCAACCAACUCAUCACAUGCAACUCAGGAAAGACUUUCACCAUCGACAUCCCCAUCAGUGGCAGACCCGUUCCUAAGGUCACCUGGACGCUGGAGGAGAUGAGGCUGAGGAACACCGACAGAGUCUCCAUCCAAACUACAAAGGACCGGACAACCAUUUCCACGAAGGAGGCCAUGAGGGGAGACGGUGGUAAAUACUUCCUCACCCUUGAGAACGUAACCGGAACCAAGACCUUCUCUAUUGAAGUGAACGUCAUGGGCAGACCUAAUCCUCCCAGCGGAACCGUGGAGAUCACAUCCAUCACCUCUGAGUCCUGCGUCGUCAACUGGGAGGCGCCAGAAGAUGACGGAGGUACGCCGAUCACCAACUACAUCGUGGAGAAGCGUGAGUCCGGCUCCACCGCCUGGCAGCUCAUCAACUCCAGCAUCAAGCGCACCACUCUGGAUGUCGGCCACCUCACCAAGUACAUGCAGUACAGCUUCAGGGUGUCCGCAGAGAACCAGUUCGGAGUCAGUAAGCACAUCGAGUCUGAGACCAUCGUCGCCGAGCAUCCAUUCACCCCCUCUGGCCCCCCAACACGGCCCUCAGUGUGCAACGUUACCGCCAACACGAUGACCCUUAAGUGGGAGGAGCCUUACCACGAUGGCGGCAGCAAGGUGACGGGCUACUGGAUCGAGAAGAAGGAAAGGAACAACAUCCUGUGGGUGAGGGAGAACAAGAUCCCCUGCUUCGAAUGCUACAGCAAGAUGGAGGGUCUGGUGGAGGGCCUGGAGUACCAGUUCAGGGUCUACGCCAUGAACAGCGGCGGCCUCAGCAAGGCCAGCGAGGCCUCCAAGGGGGCCGUCGCCCAGAACCCUGUCGAUGCACCCAGUAAACCCGAGGUCACCAACGUCACCAGAUCCACCGUGUCCCUGAAGUGGUCUUCACCUCUGAACGACGGCGGCAGUCCCAUCUUGGGCUACAUCAUCGAGCGUAAGCCGUACACGCUGACCGGCGAGGGUCGCUGGCUGAAGUGUAACUACACCAACGUGGUCGACACGGUGUACACCGUGACGGCGCUGGGCGAGGGCGAGCCCUACGAGUUCAGGGUCAUCGCCAAGAACGCCAACCAGGUGUUCAGCCUGCCGUCACUGUCCACCGGAUCCGUGCAGUGCAAGACCGACUUCGAGCCUCCCAAGGCGCAGCUGGACAGCAAACUGCUGACGGAGAUGGUGCGGGUCAGGGCCGGUUCAGACCUGGUUCUGGACGCUGCCGUUGGAGGCCGGCCGGACCCCAAGGCUUCCUGGGCAAAGGGCACCAGGGACCUGGAGCUGUGCGAGAAGUACCAUCUGCAGUACACCCCCACACGGGCCAUGGCCAUCAUCAAGUUCUGCGACCGCGACGACACCGGGAAGUACUUCCUGACCGUCAGGAACGUGAGCGGGACCAAGACCGCCGAGGUCAACGUCAAAGUGCUCGACACCCCUGGGGUAUGUGAGGGCAGCCUGGAGGUCAGCA